AUGACAACUUUUAAGGGUGUGGUAAGAGGCAGGGCUGUCACAUGACAUGUUUUAGGGGUGUGGUAAGGGGCACGGCUAUCAGAUGACAUGUUUUAGGGGUGUGGUAAGAGGCAGGGCUAUCACAUGACAUGUUUUAGGGGUGUGGUAAGGGGGCAGGGCUAUCACAUGACAAGUUUUAGGGGUCUGGUAAAGGGCACGGCUAUCACAUGACAAGUUUUAGGGGUCUGGUAAGGGGCAGGGCUAUCAGAUGACAUGUUUUAGGGGUGUGGUAAGGGGCACGGCUAUCACAUGACAAGUUUUAGGGGUGUGGUAAGGGGCAGGGUUAUCACAUGACAUGUUUUAGGGGUGUGGUAAGGGGGCAGGGCUAUCACAUGACAAGUUUUAGGGGUCUGGUAAAGGGCACGGCUAUCACAUGACAAGUUUUAGGGGUAUGGUAAGAGGCAGGGCUAUCAGAUGACAUGUUUUAGGGGUGUGGUAAAAGGCAGGGAUAUCACAUGACACAUUUUAGGGGUAUGGUAAUUGGCAUACCAUACCCCUAAAUUUAAGGUGACCUCAUGACCUAUUGAUAUCAAUUUAUGAACUGAAAUUAUGGUUUAUAACCUGAUUAAAGUAUAUAUUUACACUGACUGAUUUCCAAACACAUUUAUUUUAGUGUAAAGACGUUAUACACUCAGACACACCAACAAUAUGGAUCUCCCAGAAAAGAAUGACAUUAGGAUAAAAAAGAGGGACAGAGAGAGUGGGUCCCAAAAUAGGGACACUUGUGAGGUAUUAUAAUAUGUGUAAGCAAUUUCCAUGGAUGGGUAAAAUGGCUGUUUGUCCAUAUUCAGGUUGCCUUAUAAUAGGCCUUAGAUUUAUAUCACAUGGCUAAUGGUAAUCUCCCAGAAUCCCUCACUCUGUGUCCUUGUUAACUCCUAGCUUGCCUUGUGUCUUCCUCCUCUCCUGUCUUAUCAUACCUGCUCCCUGUCACAUUUAUAGCCCCCUUGCUUCCUGUAAAUACCCCAGGAACAUCUGCUCCUGCAUGGCCUGGGGCUGUUAGCAGUAACUAUGACAGACUCCAUGGCAGCUGCUUCCGACACAACCAUAAAACUCCUCACUGUGUUUAAACUGUGCCAGGAGCCUCACACCUUUAUUUACUCCUCUGUGUGGGCUUUCAAGUCCUGGUAACCUCAUUAUAAAACUUAACCCAUUACUAAUAAAUCCCUCUUCAUCUACAGAGCUGCUCUUUGAAGUUCUUCCCAUUAUCCUAACAUUUGAAUUACUUUACAAACAAUUGUUUUUGCUGCAUUAUUUACAGUCUUGCAAACGUUUGUGCAUCUUAAUAUAGAAAUAUUUAUUUUGUAUAAAGUGCCGGCAAAUAUCCUAAUCAAAAACACAAUGUUCAUCCUACCCAUGUGCUCUCUACAUACAUGUAGCAUGUAAUAUAAGCAUGUGUUCUCUACAUACAUGUAAUAUAUGCAUGUGCUCCCUACAUACAUGUAACAUGUAAUAUAAGCAUGUAUCUCUACAUACAUGUAACGUGAUAUAAGCAUAUGUUAUCUACAUACAUGUAACAUGUGAUAUAAGCAUGUGCUCUCUACAUACAUGUAACAUGUGAUAUAAGCAUGUGCUCUCUACAUGCAUGUAACAUGUAAUAUAAACAUGUACUCUCUCUAGAUUCAUGUAACAUGUAAUGUAAGCAUGUGCUCUCUACAUACAUGUAAAAUAAGCAUGUGCUCUCUACAUACAUGUGACACGGGCAUGUGGUCUCAGCAGAUGCACUGAAUACUAUAAACAGAUACACCGUGUGUUAUAUACAGAUACACCGUGUGUUAUAUACUGAUACACUGUGUGUUAUAUACUGAUACACUGUGUGCUAUAUACAAAUACACUGUAUGUUAUAUACAGAUACAUUGUGUGUUAUAUACAGAUAGAUACACUAUGUGUUAUAUACAGAUACAUUGUGUAUUAUAUACUGAUACACUGUGUGUUAUAUACAGAUACAUUGUGUUAUAUACAGAUACAUUGUGAUAUAUAUAUAUAUAUACAUACACUGUGUGUUAUAUACUGAUACAUUGUGUGUUAUAUACUGAUAUACUGUAUGUUAUAUACUGAUACACUGUGUGCUAUAUACAAAUACACUGUAUGUUAUAUACAGAUACAUUGUGUGUUAUAUACAGAUACAGAUACAUUGUGUUAUAUACAGAUACACUAUGUGUUAUAUACAGAUACAUUGUGUUUUAUACAGAUACACUGUGUGUUAUAUAUAUACAGAUACACUGUGUGUUACAUACAGAUACAUUGUGUGUUAUACAGGUAUACUGUGUUUUAUAUACAGAUACACUGUGUGUUAUAUAUAGAUGCAUUGUGUUAAAUACAGAUACAUUGUGUGUUACAUACAGAUACAUUGUGUGUUAUAUACAGAUACAUAGUGUGUUAUUAACUGAUACACUGUGUGUUAUUAAAUGAUACACUGUGUGUUAUAUACAGAUACACUGUGUGUUAUAUAGAUAUACCCUGUUUGUUAUAUACCGAAACAUUGUGUGUUAUAUACAGAUACACUGUGUGUUAUAUACAGAUACCUUGUGUGUUAUAUACAGAUACCUUGUGUGUUAUAUACAGAUACACUGUGUGUUAUAUACAGAUACAUUGUGUGUUAUAUACAGAUACAUUGUGUGUUAUAUACAGAUACAUUGCGUGUUAUAUACAGAUACACUGUGUGUUAUAUACAGAUACCUUGUGUGUUAUAUACAGAGACACUGUGUGUUAUAUACAGAUACCUUGUGUGCUAUAUACAGAUACACUGUGUGUUAUAUACAGAUACCUUGUGUGUUAUAUACAGAUACAUUGUGUGUUAUAUACAGAUACAGAUACAUUGUGUGUUAUAUACAGAUACCUUGUGUGUUAUAUAGAUAUACCCUGUUUGUUAUAUACAGAAACAUUGUGUGUUAUAUACAGAUACACUGUGUGUUAUAUACAGAUACCUUGUGUGUUAUAUACAGAUACACUGUGUGUUAUAUACAGAUACAUUGUGUGUUAUAUACAGAUACAUUGCGUGUUAUAUACAGAUACACUGUGUGUUAUAUACAGAUACCUUGUGUGUUAUAUACAGAGACACUGUGUGUUAUAUACAGAGACACUGUGUGUUAUAUACAGAUACCUUGUGUGCUAUAUACAGAUACACUGUGUGUUAUAUACAGAUACCUUGUGUGUUAUAUACAGAUACAUUGUGUGUUAUAUAAAGAUACAGAUACAUUGUGUGUUAUAUACAGAUACCUUGUGUGUUAUAUACAGAUACACUGUGUGUUAUAUACAGAUACCUUGUGUGUUAUAUACAGAUACAAUGUGUGUUAUAUACAGAUACAUUGUGUGUUAUAAACAGAUACACUGUGUGUUAUAUACAGAUACUUUUGUGUUAUAUACAGAUACAUUCUGUGUUAUAUACAUAUACCCUGUUUGUUAUAUACAGAUACAUUGUGUGUUAUAUACAGAUACACUGUGUGUUAUAUACAGAUACAUUGUGUGUUAUAUACAGAGACACUGUGUGUUAUAUACAGAUACAUUGUGUGUUAUAUACAGAUACACUGUGUGUUAUAUACAGAUACAUUGUGUGUUAUAUACAGAUACACUGUGUGUUAUAUACAGAUACAUUGUGUGUUAUAUACAGAUAGACUGUGUGUUAUAUACAGAUACAUUGUGUGUUAUAUACAGAUACACUGUAUGUUAUAUACAGAUACAUUGUGUGUUAUAUACAGAUACACUGUGUGUUAUAUACAGAUACAUUGUGUGUUAUAUACAGAUACAUUGUGGGUUAUAUACAGAGACACUGUGUGUUAUAUACAGAUACAUUGUGGGUUAUAUAUAGAGACACUGUGUGUUAUAUACAGAUACAUUGUGGGUUAUAUACAGAGACACUGUGUGUUAUAUACAGAUACACUGUGUGUUAUAUACAGAUACAUUGUGUGUUAUAUACAGAUACACUGUGUGUUAUAUACAGAUACAUUGUGUGUUAUAUACAGAUACAUUGUGUGUUAUAUACUGAUACACUGUGUGUUAUAUACAGAUACAUUGUGUGUUAUAUACAGAUACACUGUGUGUUAUAUACAGAUACACUGUGUGUUAUAUACAGAUACAUUGUGUGUUAUAUACAGAUACACUGUGUGUUAUAUACAGAUACAUUGUGUGUUAUAUACAGAUACAUUGUGGGUUAUAUACAGAUACACUGUGUGUUAUAUACAGAUACAUUGUGGGUUAUAUACAGAUACACUGUGUGUUAUAUACAGAUACAUUGUGUGUUAUAUACAGAUACACUGUGUGUUAUAUACAGAUACACUGUGUGUUAUAUACAGAUACAUUGUGUGUUAUAUACAGAUACAUUGUGGGUUAUAUAUAGAUACACUGUGUGUUAUAUACAGAUACAUUGUGGGUUAUAUACAGAGACACUGUGUGUUAUAUACAGAUACACUGUGUGUUAUAUACAGAUACAUUGUGUGUUAUAUACAGAUACACUGUGUGUUAUAUACAGAUACAUUGUGUGUUAUAUACAGAUACACUGUGUGUUAUAUACAGAUACACUGUGUGUUAUAUACAGAUACAUUGUGUGUUAUAUAUAGAUACAUUGUGUGUUAUAUAUAGAUACACUGUGUGUUAUAUACAGAUACAUUGUGUGUUAUAUACUGAUACACUGUUUGUUAUAUACAGAUACAUUGUGUGUUAUAUACAGAUACACUGUGUGUUAUAUACAGAUACAUUGUGUGCUAUAUACAGAUACAUUGUGUGUUAUAUACAGAUACACUGUGUGUUAUAUACAGAUACAUUGUGUGUUAUAUACAGAUACAUUGUGUGUUAUAUACAGAUACACUGUGUGUUAUAUACAGAUACAUUGUGUGUUAUAUACUGAUACACUGUUUGUUAUAUACAGAUACAUUGUGUGUUAUAUACAGAUACAUUGUGUUUUAUAUACUGAUACACUGUUUGUUAUAUACAGAUACAUUGUGUGUUAUAUACAGAUACAUUGUGUGUUAUAUACAGAUACAUUGUGUUUUAUAUACUGAUACACUGUUUGUUAUAUACAGAUACAUUGUGUGUUAUAUACAGAUACAUUGUGUGUUAUAUACUGAUACACUGUUUGUUAUAUACAGAUACAUUGUAUUCUCCAUAAAGAUAAAGGGAAUAACACCCUCCUCUCUUGUUGUCAUGGAAACCUGAUCCAGCCUGUAGCAAUAGACCUGCCACGAGAACACUGGAUUGGGUAGAACUAAGCUGUCCCACAGUCACUGAUUGGCUGAAACAGUCAUGUGACUAUCAGAGGAAUGCAAAUGAAUGAUGGCAUUUGGCUCCCUUUACUGGGACUGACUGGGGCUACAGCCUAGCUUAUACUGGGGAGACGAGGGAUCCGGCUUAAAUUAUACUGGGGGCACAUCUUAUAUUAAUACUGGGGCUGACUGGUAAUACAGAUUAUACUGGGACUAACUGGGGCUACAACCUAGCUUAUACUGGGGAGACGAGGGAUCCGGCUUAAAUUAUACUGGGGGCACAUCUUAUAUUAAUACUGGGGCUGACUGAUAAUACAGAUUAUACUGGGACUAACUGGGGCUACAGCCUAGCUUAUACUGGGGAGACGAGGGAUCCGGCUUAAAUUAUACUGGGGGCACAUCUUAUAUUAAUACUGGGGCUGACUGGUAAUACAGUUUAUACUGGGACUGACUGGGGCUACAGCCUAGCUUAUACUGGGGAGACGAGGGAUCCGGCUUAAAUUAUACUGGGGGCACAUCUUAUAUUAAUACUGGGGCUGACUGAUAAUACAGAUUAUACUGGGACUAACUGGGGCUACAACCUAGCUUAUACUGGGGAGACGAGGGAUCCGGCUUAAAUUAUACUGGGGGCACAUCUUAUAUUAAUACUGGGGCUGACUGAUAAUACAGAUUAUACUGGGACUAACUGGGGCUACAGCCUAGCUUAUACUGGGGAGACGAGGGAUCCGGCUUAAAUUAUACUGGGGGCACAUCUUAUAUUAAUACUGGGGCUGACUGAUAAUACAGAUUAUACUGGGACUGACUGGGGCUACAGCCUAGCUUAUACUGGGGAGACGAGGGAUCCGGCUUAAAUUAUACUGGGGGUACAUCUUAUAUUAAUACUGGGGCUGACUGGUAAUACAGUUUAUAGAGGGGCUGUCUGGUAAUACAGCUUAUACUGGGGCUGACUGUGUGAUACUGGUUUUACUGGGAUGUACUGAGACUAGUUACUGGAGUUACUAGGACUGACUGCUGUGGAUACAAGUUACCGGUUAUUUUGGGACUAGUUACUGAAAUAAUUAGAACUAACUGCUGUGGAUACCAGUCACCGGUAUAUUGGGACUAGUUACUGGGUUUACUAGGACUGACUGCUGUGGAUACCUGUUACCGGUUAUAUUGGGACUAGUUACUGGGGUUACUAGGACUAACUGCUGUGGAUACCUGUUACCGGUUCUACUGGGACUAGUUACUGGAGUUGCUAGGACUGACUGCUGUGGAUAUUGAUCAUACUUGUACAGAUUUAUCGGAUUACUGGAGAUACUGGGAGCUUAAGAUACUGGAAGCGAGGAGAAAAAGUCUGGAAAUGUUGCAAAAGGAACCCCAGAGGUGACACUACAAGGUACUGGGAGAACGUCAUGUACUGGGAUCAUGAGCAGACGUUAUGUUACAAUAUGUAGGAGGGAUGCAUAGUGAGGUCUGUAUGAUGAACAGAGAGUCUGUAGGGAUGCCAAGAGAAUCUGUAGGGAUGCAAAGAGAAUCUGUAGGGAUGCCCAGAGAGUCUGUAUGAUGCCCAGAGAAUCUGCAGGAUGCUCAUAGAGUCUGUAAGAUGCCCAGAGAGUCUGUAGGAUGCUCAGUGAGUCUGUAAGAUGCCCAGAGAGUCUGUAUGAUGCACAGGGAAUCUGUAGGAUGCCCAGAGAGUCUUUAGGAUGCAUAGUGAUAGCGAAUGAUGCACAGAUAGUCUUUAGGAUGCCUAGAGAGUCUGCAAUGCACAGGGAGUCUGUAUGAUGCCCAGAGAGUCUAUAAGAUGCCCAGAGAAUCUGUAUUAUUAUUAUUAUUAUUAUGUUAUUAUUUAUAUAGCGCCAACAAAUUCCACAUCGCUUUACAGUGGGUGGACGAACAAACAUGUAGUUGUAACCAGACAAGUGGGACACACAGGAACAGAGGGGUUGAGGGCCCUGCUCAAUGAGCUUACAUGCUAGAGGGAGUGGGGUAUAGUGACACAAAAGGUAAGGAUAGUAUUAGACUAGUGACAGUUGCAAGAGAGGAAUCAGUUUAAUUGAUACGCUUUUAUGAAGAAGUGGGUUUUUAAUGAUUUUUUUUUAAGGAGUUGAGACUGGGUGAGCAUCUAACGGAGGAGUAUGAUGUAUGAUGCAUAGUGAUAGCGUAUGGUGCACAGAGAUAGCGAAUGGUGCACAGAGAUAGCGUAUGAUGCAUAGUGAUAGCGUAUGAUGCACAGAGAUAGCGUAUGAUGCACAGAGAUAGCGUAUGAUGCACAGAGAUAGCGUAUGUUGCAUAGUGAUAGCGAAUGAUGCACAGAGAUAGCGUAUGAUGCACAGAUUGAGCGUAUGAUGCACAGAGUGUCCGUAUGAUGCACAGAGAUACCGUAUGAUGCAUAUUGAAUGUUAUUUACUAAAGUGAGAAUUCAAAUUGAAAUUUCACAUUUAAGGUCAAAAGAGCCAAACUGGGAAACAAUCUUUAGGCCAGCAAUGCUUUUAGUUUGGCUAAGUUUGGCCUUAAGUGUGAAAUUCAUGCCAUGUGCUCUCUCCAGAGGGAGGUGAGAGCUGUCACUACAAGUAGUACACGCAGCAUGUACAUACACAGAUUGGAUGGCCAAGAAAACAUUCUCUUCCCUUGGUGUCACUGAUACAGAAGACGUCAUUUCUGUAUUAUUCAUGUGGCUGCAAAGGUGGCAGGCUGCGUGUGCUGGGAGAGCCUUGGUUCUUCUGAAACUUCUCCAAAAUGGUUUGAAAGAAAUACAUUUGGGACAGCCCCUGUAACCUCAUAGCACCAUAUCCACUACAGUAAGCUGUAAAGGGCCCGUUUAAUCUGAGCAAAACAAAAUGUAUGAUGCAAAGCAAGUCUGUGCAACACACUGGUAAAGUGUGUCUGAGCAAUCAGCCUACAUGGUGCACAGUGAGUCUGAGUGAUGCACAGUGACAUUACACAGUGGCUAACAGGAAGCAUUGACUUCUAGUGUGAGUGAUGCUCAGUGAGAGUAGAGCUGUCACAGUGGAUACAGUGAGUGAGUGAUGCUCAGUGAGAGUACAGACUGGAUUGUAAGGAGCUGAGCAGUCAGUGUGAGUGAGGCUCAGUGAGAGUACACACUGGAUAGUAAGGAGCUGAGCAGUCUGUGUGAGUGAGGCUCAGUGAGAGUACACACUGGAUAGUAAGGAGCUGAGCAGUCAGUGUGAGUGAGGCUCAGUGAGAGUACAGACUGGAUUGUAAGGAGCUGAGCAGUGAGUGUGAGUGAGGCUCAGUGAGAGUACACACUGGAUUGUAAGGAGCUGAGCAGUCAGUGUGAGUGAGGCUCAGUGAGAGUACACACUGGAUUGUAAGGAGCUGAGCAGUCAGUGUGAGUGAGGCUCAGUGAGAGUACACACUGGAUAGUAAGGAGCUGAGCAGUCAGUGUGAGUGAGGCUCAGUGAGAGUACACACUGGAUAGUAAGGAGCUGAGCAGUCAGUGUGAGUGAGGCUCAGUGAGAGUACACACUGGAUUGUAAGGAGCUGAGCAGUGAGUGUGAGUGAGGCUCAGUGAGAGUACAGACUGGAUUGUAAGGAGCUGAGCAGUCUGUGUGAGUGAGGCUCAGUGAGAGUACACACUGGAUUGUAAGGAGCUGAGCAGUCAGUGUGAGUGAGGCUCUGUGAGAGUACACACUGGAUUGUAAGGAGCUGAGCAGUCAGUGUGAGUGAGGCUCAGUGAGAGUACAGACUGGAUUGUAAGGAGCUGAGCAGUCAGUGUGAGUGAGGCUCAGUGAGAGUACACACUGGAUAGUAAGGAGCUGAGCAGUCAGUGUGAGUGAGGCUCAGUGAGAGUACACACUGGAUUGUAAGGAGCUGAGCAGUCUGUGUGAGUGAGGCUCAGUGAGAGUACACACUGGAUUGUAAGGAGCUGAGCAGUCAGUGUGAGUGAGGCUCAGUGAGAGUACACACUGGAUAGUAAGGAGCUGAGCAGUCAGUGUGAGUGAGGCUCAGUGAGAGUACACACUGGAUUGUAAGGAGCUGAGCAGUCAGUGUGAGUGAGGCUCAGUGAGAGUACACACUGGAUUGUAAGGCGCUGAGCAGUCCGUGUGAGUGAGGCUCAGUGAGAGUACACACUGGAUUGUAAGGCGCUGAGCAGUCCGUGUGAGUGAGGCUCAGUGAGAGUACACACUGGAUUGUAAGGAGCUGAGCAGUCAGUGUGAGUGAGGCUCAGUGAGAGUACACACUGGAUAGUAAGGAGCUGAGCAGUCAGUGUGAGUGAGGCUCAGUCGGAAUGAUGAGUUUAAUUUGACUAUCAGUGUGAAAUUAGAAUUGUUUACAUUAUUCACUGCUCCCUUAACGAGGGGGCUGUAUUUUACUUUUUGGAUUUGUAAUAUAUUUUAGAGAAAUAUCUACUCUGCCAAUAUUCUAGUUUGUAUUUUCAAGCGUCAUGAAAUUCUGUUAUUGUUAUUUCAUUUUAAUGCAAUUUUAAUAUUUAAUGCAGACAUUAAGCUGCUAUGGGCUAAUACACACUGACUGUUUAUUAUUUAAUUGAAUUAAUGCUAAUUUGUUUUUAUCACCUUACCUGGGUGUCAGUCACCUUCUCCUACAAGGAGCUUCUGUUAACCUCGCUGUGUAGGACCAGCUCACAUCGGCUGAGAGGGUCCGUACGUAGCUCAAUCUGAAAUCUUUUGGCUCUCGUGGUGGUGACCAGUGCCGGCCGACCCCAAGUAAGUUUUGAAACUGUUAGCAAAUGGUUUGGAUAUUUAGCCUGGGGGAGUGUCUGGACAUUCCUGGCACCAUAACCACUACAAAGUUAUGUGGUGGUUAUAGUGUCUGGAGAUUUCUUUAACUUUUUCAGUCUAUUGAGGAAUGUCCAUAUUGGUUUCAGUGAUUAGAGUAGAAACGAGCCAGUCUCUAACUGGUUAACUCAGAUGAUAAAUUUCACUACUCGUUAAGUAUUGUAUAAAUACACUCUUUUUAUAAGCAUGACCGUUUUUAAAAGGAAGUGGGCAAUGUGUGUAUGAUAAAGGGAGCAUGCAAGGCCCUAAUUUUAGCAAUCCUAUCAGUUGGCCAUAUGUCCUUUUUAUUUGGUUACUGUCAUUGCGUCACUUCCUGCCUGCAGCCCUAUUUCCCAGGCCAUAGAGGCUGACACACAGACUGAUUUAUGGCACCCAUUAAAACCUGUUCCUUUGCUCUGCCAGACUCGGAGGGGGAAGGAGGACAGGUCUGGUGGAGAGGACAGGUCUAAGGAGGAGAAGUCUGUUACUGGAUCUGUCACAAGGCAUUUCCUUUGGGUGAUUUAAAGCCCAGAUUCUUUGAAUUGAUCCUUUUGGGUUGGAGGUGGAGAUCCCCCUCUGGGAAUGUAACGCAGAGAUAAGGUUUUGGAGGGGGGAAGGGGGGCAGUCCUAAAUAUUAUUUCACAGUGCGGCCCAAUAAAGUGAGAAUAAUUAGUAUCAAGUUGAGAAUUUUUUGUAGAUAUAAUGAGCCAACCUGCGUAUUACUUUAGUUAGGGAGAGGUGGUUGUAGUGUUUGAAGGUUCCUGUAACUUUUUCAGUGUUUUGGAGAAUGUCCACAUGCCAUAUACGGUUCAUUCAUUAGGGUAGAAUAGAUAUCUACCACUUUGCUGAUACUUAUUCCAUAUCCACAACGUGAAAGAAUGUGUUUUUAUUACUAUAAAUAGGACAAUUACAAGAAAACGUACAGGAACGAUAGGUUGAAGAGGACCCUGCACAAACGAGCUUACAGUCUAUAGGAGUUGGAUAUAAAACACAUUAGGACAGGUUUAUAGGUUGUCCCCCUAAUUUCCAGUGUAAUCGCUUGUUGUAGCCAGUCUGUGUCUGCACACUCUGCUGUCUCUCUGUAGUUCUAUGUUGGGGUGAUCUGUGGGGUGUAUUCACUCAUAAACAGUGAUUUGUAGUGAAUAGAAAACUGAAUUGGCAAUUGCGGACCCAGCUAUGGUUACAGUUUGGCUAUUUUAGUAAAUUCUGUUCAGUUUUCGAAGCUCCUUGAUCCAUUGUCUCUAUAAAACGUAUAAUGUGUGAAAUCUACCUGCACCUGCUCUUGCUGUAGAUAAAAGCGAUGUGUAUGGCUUUAGUAUAACAAAAUGCCUAACAAAAUCCUGCACAAAUGGGUAAUAUAGCAUUGUAGAAAAUAGCAAAAGUGGAGGAUAGAUCGCCUCGUGAAAAGACCGGGCUGAUCACCUCCACGCCACCUCAAAACGACGUCUCAAAAAUAAUAAACAAAUUUAUUGAAAAAUUUUUUUUUAAUAAAAUCAAAGAGGAAGACACAUCUAUCUCUAGAUAGAAUAAAUAACUAGAGCCCAAUAUAUACAGAAAGUAUGGCUAGUAUAUAAAUAUGUAAAUAUAAUGCGGUAUGGCAAAUACCUAUAGAUAAAGUAUAAUACACAUAUAUAUACAUAAGAGCCAUAGACUGUACAUUGCAAGCCCGAUACAGAAUAUAAAAUAUGGCUGAAUUAUAGAUGCAAUAUUAUAAUAAAUAUCUGUGCAAAAGAGUGAAAAAUGAAUGUAGUAAUACAUAUAUAAAGAGCCAUAAAUUCUGCACUAAGAGACUAAUUGCUGCAGAGUGUGGCUAGAUAGACCAUAUCAAAAUGUGGCAAAAUCGUAGUAGAGUGAGACAAUGAAUCACAAUAGUAGCCACAAUAGUAGCCAAAACCUCUGCUGCUGUACCUACAGGGCAAAUUAGAAAUCGAAAGGAUAGAGGAGGGCAUAGAUAAAAGAGGAAAAAUACAGCAGAAAGACCUGAUAGUAAAUCUACAUAAAUUCUAAAUGCCUAAACCCGAUAAACAGCCCACCUAUCACUAAAUAAGAUGACCAGAGCUAGAAACACGCUCAGUGUCACUAAACCAUACUGUAGGAGACAAAGGAAAAACAAAAGCAAAAUAAACUAAAUUAACUAACUAAAAUAACCCAUAGCCCAACGCGCGUUUCGGUGGAUUAACCACCUUUCUCAAGGGCACAAAGUAAAGUAAAGUGAGGCAAACGGAACAAACCCCCUUACUCCAUUAAAAACGUUAGUAGUACCUCCCACCUCAUCUAAUUCGUCCGUGUGUCUCAAGGGAGGAGGGACAAAAAGUAGCCACUCCUGUCGAAAGUCCAUGCGUAUAUCUAUCUACGCGCAGGCGCGCCGACUUAGUGUCAGGCUAGGUAUCGAGUAAAACCGCGCAUGUCAAAAGACCGCGCAUGCACACAGCAUGAGACCCGUUACCAGGGUAUCCGUCCGUGCGCAUGCACGAAUGUGUACACAGUGAACACAGCGUACACAGUGUAAUACAUAUGCCGGUAACAAGUCCCAAAAGAAAAGAAUGCUAUAUUAGUUAAACAUAGUAGCAUGCAAAAAUAAGGAGUAGGAAGGGUAGAGAGUUCAGAAUAUAUAUAGUUAAGUAGAUAGAUAAAUAAACAAAUCAUCAAAGAAAAGAAAUGUUGCGUUCCCAUCAUAUUUACAGUAAAUCACAAACAUACAUUAUAUAGAGACAAAAGAGUGGUAUUUUAAAUACAAAUAACUAAUGAAUAAAUAAAAUAAAAUAAUAAACAUAUCUACACAACUCUAUUCAUUAUCCAAUGGUUAAACUAAUAAAGAAUAAAGAAUAAACAACAAGAUCCCUAUCAGCCUAUAGAUAUUUAUGUGCAUAGUCUAUAAAUAUAUAUAUAUGGGAUUGGUGCAGGGAAAUAUAUAAGUAUAUGCAUAUACACAUGUACAUAGAGAGAAUACAUACAUGUAUAUAAACAUAUAUAAAAACGGUUACAUACAGUAUAUUUUUCAAAGGAGGCAUUCUGUGAGCGGCGGAUCAUAUGAAAGGGGCAAAAGAAAAGCCCUCAUUAAGACCUAGAGGUUGGAGUGUCUUAAGUAGGUAUAUCCAUCUUGACUCUCUCUGUCUUAAUAAUUUGUCAUAAUCACCACGUCUCAAAGUCCUCUUAACCAACUCCAAACCACAAAACUUAAGAUUAUUAGAGUUCCCCUGAUGAUGGUCUUUGAGAUGUCUCGAUAUGGGUGUCUCGAGGCGAUUUCUAGGAGAUCUUACAUGCUCCAUAAUCCUAUCUUUAAAGGCCCUAAAAGUUUUUCCCACAAGUCCUUUUGACUUGGAAAGAACCACGUCCUUGACUGUCAUUAACGGUCUUAGAGUCCCUAAGAAUAAAUUUUUUUUUUUUUUGAAUUUGACAAUUUUUAUUUAGCCAUGCAGCUGUGUUACACUUGUGCUGGAAGUUUGGAUAUUCUGAUCGCGAUUACAUACAUGGUGUGGUAAUUUGGUAACAUCAUGGUAAACCUUCCAAUACUACUUAACAACUUUAGGUACAUGAAUCUUGCAGCUGCAUGUCUCAAACUUUUUUGGAGAGAAAGUAUAGUUAUAGGGGGGUAUAGAAGGGGGGGAGACAGAGAGAGGGAGGGGUGGUAGGGAGGUGCAUCAAUGGGUGUUUCGUGGAGGUAUAACCCAAGGGUUCGCAGGUGAUUUGGUAGGGGUUCUUGUAUGGUGAAGAGCUGGUGGGCGGCAAGUUUCUUCUGCUUCUCGGAGUCUGAUCUUUCGUGGUUCCAGACCAGGGCUCCCCAGUCCCCCGCCACGGAUUUUGCCUUUGUCCGCUAGUGAUCAAUGUGUUGCGGUAUUGUCAGCUUGGUUUAUGUAUCUAUCCCACAGUAGUUGCGCUUUAACUAAUGCAGGCCUCGGGCCAAAUUGGAGUUGAUACAUGGCCUCAUAAGACCAGUUGAGUGCAAUUUGGUUUUUUAAAUGUGUACGUGACGGUAUGUCUUUGGAUUUCCAGUGUCUCGCUAUGAGUAUAUGUACUGAUGCUAGCGUGUGGUACAGUAUUGCUUGGUGAGCUUUGGGCAUUCUGUCGGGGAAUACGUACAGCAUGCAUUGCGCAGGGUUUUUGUCCACUUGGUAGCCUAGUAUAUCUGAUACGAUAAGUAUGGCUUGUGUCCAGAGCGGUGCGAGUGCGGGGCAUGUCCACCAAACGUGGAACAUCGUGCCCACUUCUUUCUCACAGCGCCAGCAUAUGUUUGUAGAGGCUGGCCAUAUUUUGUGUAUUUUUUCUGGCACUAGGUACCAACGGUAUAAUAGUUUCCGUUGUAUUUCUAGGUGUUGGGCGCAUGAUGUCAGGCCUCUGUGUGCUGAGUAAGCUUUUUUCCAUUGUUCUGGGCUUAGCUCUAUGCCUAGGUCUGUGUGCCAUGCCUUUCGGUAGUUGUCCUGGAUCGGUGGUUGGUUGUGUAAGAUUAAGUGGUAGCAUGAGGAUAGGGACUUGGCGUUGGGUUUGUUAGAAAGGCACAUGUUUUCGAACUUAGAUAUUAGUUCUUGCGGUACCUUCUCAGGGGUUCUGGGAGGGUUAUGUUUUAGUAGGGACUUGAUUUGCAGGUAUGAGAAUAGGAGUUUCGCGGGUAGGUCAAAUUGUUCCUGUAAGCUAGGGAAGGAUUUGAGGUGCUCCCCAUCGUACAAUUGUAGUACAUGGGUGACGCCUUUCUCUAUCCAUGUCUUGUAGUUAAAGGUAGGGAUCAUCAGGCUGAUGGAUUGCAUUGGGGUCGCUAAUGGUAUCUUUGGACGGGUAACUAAAGUGUUCCUUACCCCGUCCCAUGUGUCUAUCAGCAACCGAGUAGUGGGGAGGCCUUGGAACGGUCUUGGUCUCCGAGCGUUAUCAGUCCAGAAAGUAUGACGUAUGUGGUCUGCGUUAAGCCAAAAGGCUUCUAUUCCUGCCCACUGGGGUGUGUAAUGGGGGUCAUGUGCGGCUAACAUAGUGCUUAGAAUCGCUGCCUUGUAGUAAUGGUAUAGGUUGGGGAUGCCUAGGCCGCCGUCUGUGAUCCUCCUCUGCAGGACCCUGGCGGCUACCCGGCUCUUUUUGUGGUGCCACGUAAAUUUCAGGAAUAAUGUGGUGAUCGACUUGAGGUAGGUGUUUGGUAGGGGUAUUUGUAGUGUUCGAAAGAGGUAUAGUAGUUUUGGGAGCAGUGACAUUUUGAAUGCUGCUAUGCGCACUAGCCAUGAGAGGAACUUCCCCUCCCAUGAUUUGAGGGUGUUGUCGAUGUCUGUUAAGAGUUUAAUGUAGUUUGCGUGAAAGAGAUCUGUGGGUUUUUUCGUGAGUUUGAGUCCUAGGUAUGUUAAAUAGUCCGACCUCCAGUCUAAGGGGAACGCCUCCUUCAGUCUGUUUCUCGCCUCUUUAGUCACUCCUAUCGUUAACGCCUGUGUUUUGGAGACAUUCAAUUUAUAGUGGGAGUGGUGGCCAAAAAGUUCUAUUUGUCGCAUUAAGUUGGGCAUGGAUAUGAAUGGCUGGGUUAGGGUGAGGAGGAUGUCAUCUGCAAAUAUAUUUAGUUUGAAUUCUUUAUCUCCUAGAGGGAUGCCAUGGAUGUUCGGGUCUGACCUGAUUUUGGAUGCCAGUGGCUCCAAAGCCAGUACAUAAAGCAUGGGGGAGAGGGGGCAUCCCUGUCUGGAGCCAUUAGAGAUUUUUAUGGUCCGUGACGGGAAUCCUGCGUACAUAACUUGUGCCGAUGGGUCGUUGUAUAGUGCGUCUACCGCUGCCACGAACUUUGGGGGGAAGCCGAAUCUGUGGAGUACCCUGUUUAAGAAGGUCCAGUUGAGUCUGUCGAAGGCCUUCUCCGCGUCUAGGGAGACGAAUAGGCCACCCCUUCCCAGUUUUCUAGCGCUAUGCAUUAAGUUUAGAACUUUGCGUGUAUUAUCUGAGCCCUGUCUACCCUUCACAAAACCUACUUGGUCGUCAUGUAUUAGGUCCGGUAGGAUAGAUUUUAGUCUAUUGGCUUGUAAUUUUGCGAAGAUUUUGGCGUCUGUAUUGAGUAGGGAUAUCGGUCGGAAAUUUGGGCAUGAGGUCGGGGAUUUCCCUGGUUUGGGGAGGGUGGUGAUAUGCGCUCGUAACAGUUCCGAUGGUAGUGAGUGGUUGUCUAUGGCGCUGUUAAAUAAAGUGGUCAGUGCAGGGGCCAGGACGUCCGUGUAUUUGUGAUAGUAUGUGUUCGCAAACCCGUCAGGGCCUGGCGCUUUACCCGUUGGGAGAUUUUUUAUUGUGUCCCUUACUUCUUGUUGGGUGAUAGGGGCUGAGAGAGCUUCUUUGUGCUGUUGUGAGAGGGUUGGCAAGUGGGCAUCUUGUAGGUAAAUGUCCAUCUGUGUGGGGGUUUUUAGGGGCGUCAGUGGGUCUUUCUUUAGGUUGUAUAGGGUUUCGUAAUACGUGGCAAAUUCGUCGCAAAUGUCUUUCGGGGCAACCAACUUGUUUCCUUGUGAGUCCUGUAUGUGUGCUAUUUUAGAUGUUGCCUGUCUGUCUCUGAGUUUUUGGGCUAGUAUUUUGCCCGCUCUAUUGCCCUGGGAGUAGUGAGUGGCUUUCAAUUUCCGUAGUGAGUAGCCCAUUCUCGUAAUUGCGAACUCCUGUAUUUUGUCUUGUGUAUCUGAGAUUUGGCUUUUUAACUCUGGCGAUGGGCUCGUUUGGUUUAGUUUGUUGAGGUCGUGUAGUUGUUUGUACCAUGUGACCUUUUGUGCGUGGGACGUCCGUUUGAGGAAAUGUGCUCUUUUGAUCAGUUCCCCACGUAUUACGGGUUUGUGGGCUAGCCAGGUGAUCUCCGCUGAGAUCUCUGGUGCGGUGUUUUCUUUAAAGUAGUGUUUAAGUGUGUUUUCUACGUGGUCUGCGAAAGUUUUAUCGUGUAGGAGUGUUUCGUUCAGCCGCCAGGGUCUUCUGUUGUGGCCCUCAAAUUUGUCUUUUAGUUCCAUAGUAAUAGGUGCAUGGUCUGACCACGUAAUAGUCUCUAUUGUGCAUUUGAGUACCUGUGUUAGAUGUUUUCCUUCCGUGAGGAACCUGUCAAUUCGCGUGUAAGAGUUGUGGACCGAGGAGAAAAACGUGAAGUCUCUCUCCUCUGGGUGGAGGACUCUCCACGUGUCGUAGAGAUUAUGUUCGUCUAGUAGUCUCUGGUAUGUGGUGCAUUGUCUCCUGGCUGGGUUGUUCCCUUUCGUAUUAGGACCUUUGGACAAGUCUAACCCAGGGUCUAGAAUGUGGUUAAAGUCUCCACAGAUUAUUAGCAUUCCCCUCUGACUCGGUGUUAUUUUGGCUAGUGUUUUAUGUAGGAAGUUGCGUUGUUCUGAGUUGGGUGCGUACACGUUUGCUAUGGUGUAGGUAAUGUCAUUGAUUGUGCAUACCAGUAUGAUGUAUCGACCUUCCUCGUCUAUGACUAAGUCGUGUUCGGUGAAUGCUACUCGGUUGCUGAUUAGCACAGAGACCCCUUUCGUUUUGGAUUUUGCUGUAGCGUGUUGUUGGUAUGGGUAUGCGAGGGGUUUAAGGAGAUAUGGUUUGGUGAGAUGUGUCUCCUGGAGACAUACCAUGUCUGGUUGGGAUUUUUGGAGAUCGUGAAGUAAUAGGUGGCGUUUGACAGGGGAAUUUAGCCCCCUUACGUUGUGACUAUAUAUCUUCAUAAAGGGAGGGUCUGUGAGGGGUGCUAUCUGUAACGUUGUCAUCGUUAGAUUUGUGUUUUCCCCGAGUGCCCUUGUAUGUCUUGGUACUUGAGUCUAGUGUGAUGUGUAUAGGCAGUGGUGCCGUGGAGUAUAUACUUGCUGUGUUGCUGAGUGGCUGCUCUGGCGGAUCCGCGUGAGGCACAUCCGUGACGGGUCGCGUUGUUCUCCUGGCUCUCUGUGUCUGUACUGGAACGGUACGGUUAUGCAGGUACAUAUCCUUGGAUUGUCUAGUGUGGUCUGGGUAGGGGAGGGAGGAUAAGAGGUUAAUACAGGAAAAUAGAAAAAUAGAAAACAGUGCGGUAAGGACCGCAGGGCCCAAGGUGGGCUGAGUACCCAGGUUGGGUACCAUGGAGGUAGGCAACAACAAAAACAUUAACAAAUAUCUUGUGUGAUUAGCCCUAGCGCUUAUCUCAAUAGUUCUGCAUACCACGUGAAGAUAUAGUUAUUUCAAAAACAUAAACAAAAACAUUGUUUUUUUUUUUUUUUUUUUUCUUAACUUAGUUCCACAGGUCUCUGUCCGGGCUACUCUCAUAUGAGAGGCCAAUUGGUCUAUACGUCCCCCAUCUUCCCUUGGGUGAGUUGAGGGGAUGGGUGACCCCCGUGGCAGCACUUUUUUUUUUUAUUAAAAAAAGGCCGCUGGCAUUGAAGAGAUCGUGGGAGCAGUUACCCAACUGCUGUGUAUAUCUGAGGUUAACUAUAUGUGGGUAUUAUUUAUUUAUUUAUUUAUUUAUUUAUUUAUUUUUUAUUAGUCAUAACUAUGAGUAAGUUUUAAGCUAGAGGUGUCAUAGGGUGUGGGGUGAAAAUACCAGUUAGGGAAUUCCUCAAUCAGGUGGCAUCGCCAUUCAGUCCUGUAUCUGUACUCUUUAAAACUGGAUAUGGGCUGAUGGAGUUCGGGUUACUUUUUCGCCUUCUUCCAGUCCUGUCUCAAUCGCUGUGGUGAAGUUGUGCGUCCGUGUUGUUUGCGAACUGGUAGGUCCCAUUGUUUCAGGGCCCUCAGGCCUUCCUCCGGCGUUGUUACGUGUGUAAAGGUGCCAUUGCGCUGGAUAAUCAGGCGCACCGGGUGACCCCAUCUGUAUGGAAUCUUGUUGUCCCGCAGCGUUUCCGUAGUCUCCUUGAACUCCCUUCGGCGUUGUAGAGUGGCUGCCGAUAGGUCAGCAUAUAUUUGUAGAUGGCCAUAUUUAGCUGGAAGGUUUGUGCGGUUCCUGGCAGCUUUGAGUAUGGCCUCUUUGACGUGAUAAUAAUGGAGAUGGGUCAGCGUAUCUCUCGCCGCCUCGGCUGGUAGAAACUUCGGUUUGGCUACCCGGUGGGCCCGGUCCAGCAGGAUCAUCUCAGUCGGUAUUUCUGGUAUGAGACACUUGAAAAAACCUGUCAGGAAUUCAGGUAUUUCAGCUUGCGUUAUCGAUUCCGGUAUGCCCCGGAUUCUCAGGUUCUGUCUCCGUGACCUGUCCUCCAGAUCUGAGAGUUUGAGCUGGGCUGAGGUGAGUUUCUGUUCCAGGGCUUUAACGUGGUCUGUCAGGUCGUUAUGGGCCUCUUCAUAUUCGCCCAUGCGGUUUUCCACGUGGGCCGUUCUUUCGCCCAGCUCCUGGAUGUCCUUGCCCAUUGCAGUGACCGAUGCUUGGAUUUUGUUGAGCAAUUUGUCGGACAUUUCGUCCAGGCAUGCUCUCAGGAACUCCUGUGUCACGGGGAGAUUCCCAGGGUCUGGUGAGUUAUGGAGGGGGAGGGUGUCGUCUCCGCCGCCAUCUUGGUCUGCCUCAUGCUGGCCCUGGGCUCUGGAAGGCGCGGGUCUCGCCGCGAAGAAGCCCGAUUUUUCAGCCCUGUCAGGGAUUUUCUUACCCUUCUGCUGCGACAUGCUUGUGGGGCGAGUGAUGCCGGGUUUCGUUUCGCGGUAUGCUGGGUUUAGUCGCUUCGUGGGCUAAUCUAGGAGCGGAGCACUAGUGCCGUGCGACCAUCCGCUUCAGCGUGCAGGCCACGCCCCCCUAAGAAUAAAUUUACAGGCUAUGCAUCUACCGCACCCAUAUGAACCAAUUGGAGGGGUACCAAGCCAGGUGGCACGUUGUUGUGGUUUCAUGGAGAAAUGGCUGGGGACCAGUAUAUCCCGAAUGUUCCGUCCGCGUCUGGCAGUAAUAUUAACAUGUGGGCUUAAAGUAUCUUUAAGAUGCACAUCAUUGAGCAGGAUAGGCCAAAAAUGAGGAAAACCUCCGAUUCACACCUGAAUUCGGAGGACGCUCUAUAAGUUUUCUCGAUGUCACCAUUAGUAUCAGUGAAGAUGGUACAUUCCAUUCUACGCUGUUUCGUAAACCUACAGCAACUAAUUCCCUUCUACACUGGACUAGCUAUCAUCCGCGUCCCCUCAAACAGGGUAUACCGGUAGGCCAAUAUCUUCGCCUCCGGAGAAAUUGCAGUGAUACCCAGGAUUUUAUAAUCAAGGCGAAACAACUUCGGCAACACUUCAAGGAGAAAGGCUACCCGAACCGUUGUUUAAAAAGGGCGUAUAAGAGAGCACUCCAGACAGAGAGGAACGAGUUACUAUGUGAUCGUCCAAAAAAGGACAGUAAUCAGGAUGUUGGAAAUAUUCGCAUGAUAGCAACAUUUGAUGUGGGAUGGCCAGAAGUUCGGAACUCACUUGAACGGUUCUGGCCUAUCCUGCUCAAUGAUGUGCAUCUUAAAGAUACUUUAAGCCCACAUGUUAAUAUUACUGCCAGACGCGGACGGAACAUUCGGGAUAUACUGGUCCCCAGCCAUUUCUCCAUGAAACCACAACAACGUGCCACCUGGCUUGGUACCCCUCCAAUUGGUUCAUAUGGGUGCGGUAGAUGCAUAGCCUGUAAAUUUAUUCUUAGGGACUCUAAGACCGUUAAUGACAGUCAAGGACGUGGUUCUUUCCAAGUCAAAAGCUUCUUUAACUGUAACACGAAGGGCCUUGUAUAUUUACUAUCUUGCACAUGUGGACAGAAAUAUGUGGGAAAAACUUUUAGGGCCUUUAAAGAUAGGAUUAUGGAGCAUGUAAGAUCUCCUAGAAAUCGCCUCGAGACACCCAUAUCGAGACAUCUCAAAGACCAUCAUCAGGGGAACUCUAAUAAUCUUAAAUUUUGUGGUUUGGAGUUGGUUAAGAGGACUUUGAGACGUGGUGAUUAUGACAAAUUAUUAAGACAGAGAGAGUCAAGAUGGAUAUACCUACUUAAGACACUCCAACCUCUAGGUCUUAAUGAGGGCUUUUCUUUUGCCCCUUUCAUAUGAUCCGCCGCUCACAGAAUGCCUCCUUUGAAAAAUAUACUGUAUGUAACCGUUUUUAUAUAUGUUUAUAUACAUGUAUGUAUUCUCUCUAUGUACAUGUGUAUAUGCAUAUACUUAUAUAUUUCCCUGCACCAAUCCCAUAUAUAUAUAUUUAUAGACUAUGCACAUAAAUAUCUAUAGGCUGAUAGGGAUCUUGUUGUUUAUUCUUUAUUCUUUAUUAGUUUAACCAUUGGAUAAUGAAUAGAGUUGUGUAGAUAUGUUUAUUAUUUUAUUUUAUUUAUUCAUUAGUUAUUUGUAUUUAAAAUACCACUCUUUUGUCUCUAUAUAAUGUAUGUUUGUGAUUUACUGUAAAUAUGAUGGGAACGCAACGUUUCUUUUCUUUGAUGAUUUGUUUAUUUAUCUAUCUACUUAACUAUAUAUAUUCUGAACUCUCUACCCUUCCUACUCCUUAUUUUUGCAUGCUACUAUGUUUAACUAAUAUAGCAUUCUUUUCUUUUGGGACUUGUUACCGGCAUAUGUAUUACACUGUGUACGCUGUGUUCACUGUGUACACAUUCGUGCAUGCGCACGGACGGAUACCCUGGUAACGGGUCUCAUGCUGUGCGCAUGCGCGGUCUUUUGACAUGCGCGGUUUUACUCGAUACCUAGCCUGACACUAAGUCGGCGCGCCUGCGCGUAGAUAGAUAUACGCAUGGACUUUCGACAGGAGUGGCUACUUUUUGUCCCUCCUCCCUUGAGACACACGGACGAAUUAGAUGAGGUGGGAGGUACUACUAACGUUUUUAAUGGAGUAAGGGGGUUUGUUCCGUUUGCCUCACUUUACUUUACUUUGUGCCCUUGAGAAAGGUGGUUAAUCCACCGAAACGCGCGUUGGGCUAUGGGUUAUUUUAGUUAGUUAAUUUAGUUUAUUUUGCUUUUGUUUUUCCUUUGUCUCCUACAGUAUGGUUUAGUGACACUGAGCGUGUUUCUAGCUCUGGUCAUCUUAUUUAGUGAUAGGUGGGCUGUUUAUCGGGUUUAGGCAUUUAGAAUUUAUGUAGAUUUACUAUCAGGUCUUUCUGCUGUAUUUUUCCUCUUUUAUCUAUGCCCUCCUCUAUCCUUUCGAUUUCUAAUUUACCCUGUAGGUACAGCAGCAGAGGUUUUGGCUACUUUUGUGGCUUUACACUGUGAUUCAUUGUCUCACUAUACUACGAUUUUGCCACAUUUUGAUAUGGUCUAUCUAGCCACACUCUGCAGCAAUUAGUCUCUUAGUGCAGAAUUUAUGGCUCUUUAUAUAUGUAUUACUACAUUCAUUUUUCACUCUUUUGCACAGAUAUUUAUUAUGAUAUUGCAUCUAUAAUUCAGCCAUAUUCUAUAUUCUGUAUCGGGCUUGCAAUGUACAGUCUAUGGCUCUUAUGUAUAUAUAUGUGUAUUAUACUUUAUCUAUAGGUAUUUGCCAUACCGCAUUAUAUUUACAUAUUUAUAUACUAGCCAUACUUUCUGUAUAUAUUGGGCUCUAGUUAUUUAUUCUAUCUAGAGAUAGAUGUGUCUUCCUCUUUGAUUUUAUUAAAAAAAAAUUUUUCAAUAAAUUUGUUUAUUAUUUUUGAGAUGUCGUUUUGAGGUGGCGUGGAGGUGAUCAGCCCGGUCUUUUCACGAGGCGAUCUAUCCUCCACUUUUGCUAUUUUCUUUUCUGUAUCCACUAUAGGGUUAUGCCCUUUUGCCACCUCAUUCACCCACUUUUUGGUACUCCAAGUUGGGUUGUCUAACUAGGUAGUACUAUUCAUUUAAUAUAGCAUUGUCCUUGCAAAAUCAUUAGUAAAUAAAUUGCAAGGUGUGUACUUGCCUGUACGCACAACUCUAUGUACCCAUAAUGAAAACUGUUCUUUUAAGAACACAAAACAUGGCUGCUCACAAUGCUUUCUCGUGACUUUGCAAUGUGUCCAGCGGAAGCAGUAAAGACUAACAAUGUUAUAGAAAGGGUAGUAGAUACCUGGAAUAGCCUUCCAGUGGGAGCAGUAACAGUGAUAAAGAAAGGGUAGUAGAUACCUGGAAUAGCCUUCCAGUGGGAGCAGUAACAGUGAUAUGGAAAGAGUAGUAGAUAUCUGGAAUAGCCUUCCAGUGGGAGCAGUAAUGGCUAACAGUGAUAUAGAAAGGGUAGUAGAUACUUUGAAUAGCCUUCCAGUGGGAGCAGUAAAAGCUAACAGUGAUAUAGAAAUGGUAGUAGAUACCUGGAAUAGCCUUCCAGUGGGAGCAGUAAAGGCUAACAGUGAUAUAGAAAGAGUAGUAGAUACCUGGAAUAGCCUUCCAGUGGAGGUAGUAAUGGCUAACAGUGAUAUAGAAAGGGUAGUAGAUACCUGGAAUAGCCUUCCAGUGGGAGCAGUAAAAGCUAACAGUGAUAUAGAAAUGGUAGUAGAUACCUGGAAUAGCCUUCCAGUGGGAGCAGUAACAGUGAUACAGAAAGGGUAGUAAUACCUGGAAUAACCUUCCAGUUUAGGCAGCAAUGGCUAACAGUGAUAUAGAAAAGGUAGUAGAUACCUGGAAUAGCCUUCCAGUGGGAGCAGUAAAGGCUAACAGUGACAUAGAAAGGGUAGUAGAUACCUGGAAUAACCUUCCAGUGGAGGCAUCAGUGGCUAACAGUGAUAUAGAAAGGGUAGUGGAUACCUGGAAUAGACUCCCAGUUUGAGCAGUAAAGGCAAACGGUGAUAUAGAAAGGGUAGUAGAUACCUGGAAUAGCCUUCCAGUGGUAGCAGUAAAGGCAAACAGUUUUAUAGAAAGGGUAGUAGAUAGUUAUAAAGGCUAACGGUAAAAUAGAAAGUGUAGUUGAUUCAUGGGGUUUUUAUUUAUCCUAAUAUAUUAAUUUCCCAUAUUUUUACUAUACCUUAUACACUUGUGGUUUUAAUCUAUUCUACUUUCUGGUACUAUGACACUGAUUAAGAUGGAUUUAGGCAGCUCAGUCUGCAUACUGGAACAAGGUAAAAUGCAUGUAAAUGAAUGUACUGGACUAAUAAUGGUAUGCCAGCGCACAGUGUGGUGCUCACUGCCCCCCUUGUAAAAUGUCCUUAAUCCUACAGCUGAAUAAAGCUUGAUAUAUUAGACAAUCACACACAUACUAAAUAUGCAGGACUCCAGCUGAUUGGUCGUCGCUAGGUUACAUAAUAAUCAUGAGGAAAUUAGGCUGUUCUUCUCCUUGGAAGCAUGGAUUUGAUCGCAGGGGGCAGGUAGGCAGAAGAGAGACAGAACAAAAGGCAGCUCUACGUGGGAUCUGGAGCCUUGGAGAAACCAUGCAGAGCACUGGGUACAUUGGUAAGACCUCCGCCAGGACACGGGGAUCCUCAUAAUAUCCCAGUCUGCCUAUUGUCUUCCAAAUGAGUUUCCUUUCAAUGCUGGAUCAAGGCUACAUAGGACAGUCAGUCACUAUGGAUUGAGGCUCGUUGGAAGAAUCGGCCUGUAUGGACUGAGACUACUUAACACAGUCAGUCCGUAUAGACUGAGACUACUUAACACAGUCAUUCCGUAUGGACUGAGACUACGUAGCACAGUCAGUCCGUAUAGACUGAGACUACUUAACAUAGUCAGUCCAUAUAGACUGAGACUACUUAACACAGUCAUUCCGUAUAGACUGAGACUACUUAACACAGUCAGUCCGUAUAGACUGAGACUACUUAACACAGUCAUUCCGUAUGGACUGAGACUACGUAGCACAGUCAGUCCGUAUAGACUGAGACUACUUAACAUAGUCAGUCCAUAUAGACUGAGACUACUUAACACAGUCAUUCCGUAUAGACUGAGACUACUUAACACAGUCAGUCCGUAUAGACUGAGACUACUUAACACAGUCAGUCCGUAUAGACUGAGACUACGUAGCACAGUCAGUCCGUAUAGACUGAGACUACUUAACACAGUCAGUCCGUAUAGACUGAGACUACUUAACACAGUCAGUCCGUAUAGACUGAGACUACUUAACACAGUCAGUCCGUAUAGACUGAGACUACUUAACACAGUCAGUCCGUAUAGACUGAGACUACUUAACACAAUCAGUCCGUAUAGACUGAGACUGCUUAACACAGUCAGUCCGUAUAGACUGAGACUACUUAACACAGUCAGUCCAUAUAGACUGAGACUACUUAACAAUCAGUCCUGGACACUUAACACAGUCCGUAUGGAGUCCGGAUGGACUGAGACUACUUAACACAGUCAGUCCGUAUAGACUGAGACUACUUAACACAGUCAUUCCGUAUGGACUGAGACUACGUAGCACAGUCAGUCCGUAUAGACUGAGACUACUUAACAUAGUCAGUCCGUAUAGACUGAGACUACUUAACACAGUCAGUCCGUAUAGACUGAGACUACUUAACACAGUCAGUCCGUAUAGACUGAGACUGCUUAACACAGUCAGUCCGUAUAGACUGAGACUACUUAACACAAUCAGUCCGUAUAGACUGAGACUGCUUAACACAGUCAGUCCGUAUAGACUGAGACUACUUAACACAGUCAGUCCGUAUAGACUGAGACUACUUAACACAGUCAGUCCGUAUGGACUGAGACUGCUUAACACAGUCAGUCCGUAUGGACUGAGACUGCUUAACACAGUCAGUCCGUAUGGACUGAGACUGCUUAACACAGUGAGUCCGUAUGGACUGAGACUGCUUAACACAGUCAGUCCGGAUGGACUGAGACUGCUUAACACAGUCAGUCCUUAUAGACUGAGACUGCUUAACACAGUCAGUCCGUAUGGACUGAGACUGCUUAACACAGUCAGUCCGUAUGGACUGAGACUGCUUAACACAGUCAGUCCGUAUGGACUGAGACUGCUUAACACAGUCAGUCCGGAUGGACUGAGACUGCUUAACACAGUCAGUCCUUAUAGACUGAGACUGCUUAACACAGUCAGUCCGUAUAGACUGAGAUUGCUUAACACAGUCAGUCCGUAUAGACUGAGACUGCUUAACACAGUCAGUCCGGACUGAGACUACGUAAGACAGUCAAUCCGUAUAGACUGAGACUACAUAAAACAGUCAGUAUGGACUGAGACUACAUGAGACAGUCAGUCAGUUAGUAUGGAUUGAGAACAUGUGAAACAGUCAGUUCCUAUGGAUUGAGGCUACGUGAGACAGUCGGUUACUAUGGAUUGAGACUACAUGAGACAGUCAGUUACUAUGGAGUGAGACUACAUGAGACAGUCAGUUACUAAAGAUUGAGACUACAUGAGACAGUUGGUUACUAUAAAUUGAGACUACAUGAGACAGUCGGUUACUAAAAAUUGAGACUGCAUGAGACAGUUAGUUACUAUGGAUUGAGGAUGGACAGCAAGAAUAGAGUUCCCAUCAUGAAUUAAUCAGUGGCGAGAGAACCAACCCAUGUGAAUUUUGACUGGGUGUAAGAGAUCGUUAGUAUGGGUUUUGGCUAGUGACAGUCAGCCAGUACAGAUUUUUACUUUUGACAGUCAGCCAGUAUGGAUUUUGGCUAGGUGACAGCCUCUGUAGAUUUUGACUAGGUGUGAGAGUCGGCAAGUAUGGAUUGUGGCUGGGUGACAGCCAGUGUGGAUUUUGGCUAGGUUACAGUCAGCCCCUUUGGAUUUUGGCUAGGUUACAGUCGGCCCCUUUGGAUUUUGGCUAGGUUACAGUCGGCCAGUAUGGAUUUUGGCUAGGUUACAGUCUGCCCCUUUGGAUUUUGGCUAGGUUACAGUCGGCCCCUUUGGAUUUUGGCUAGGUUACAGUCGGCCCCUUUGGAUUUUGGCUAGCUUACAGUCAGCCCCUUUGGAUUUUGGCUAGCUUACAGUCGGCCCCUUUGGAUUUUGGCUAGGUUACAGUCGGCCAGUAUGGAUUUUGGCUAGGUUACAGUCUGCCCCUUUGGAUUUUGACUAGUUUACAGUCGGCCCCUUUGGAUUUUGGCUAGGUUACAGUCGGCCCCUUUGGAUUUUGGCCAGCUUACAGUCAGCCCCUUUGGAUUUUGGCUAGCUUACAGUCGGCCCCUUUGGAUUUUGGCUAGGUUACAGUCGGCCAGUAUGGAUUUUGGCUAGGUUACAGUCGGCCAGUAUGGAUUUUGGCAAGGUUACAGUCGGCCAGUAUGGAUUUUGGCUAGGUUACAGUCAGCCAGUAUGGAUUUUGGCUAGUGACAGUCAGUCAGUGUGGAGAUUGACGUUCUGUAUUUGUGGCUAGUUUGUUAUUGGCUGUCAGUGUGUGUGUGAUUUCCCUUGGUGUGAAGGGAGCUCCCUGCCUGACCCUGAUGCUCACAUAUGCUAAUGUGAUUACAGCCUUGCCAGAUAGGUGCCAUAUUUUAAUUGAGCUGCUGGUCCCCCUCCCCCGCCUGCAGGAAAUGUGCAGCCUUUGAUGUGAGCUGGUUCAGGGAGGCAGUGAGGUGGAGUCUGCCCUUCCUAUGGGCAGUGAGGCCAGCCCUGCCAGAGCUUCUCCCAGAGCCAGUGAAUGGGCAGCCAGUCCCUCUCCCUGUGCCAGGUUAGUGGGGGGAAGGGAGAAAUAGUAACAUAUUCCUUGCCAAGCCACACUAAGACUCCUGGUUAACCGCCAUUGGGCAGGCCAGGACACUGGGGGGGUCUGUGUUAUGUGUUAUUAUUAACCUUUUCAUCUCCAAGCUACAAAAAAAAUAUGCUACUGCUUGUUAACCUCUUCUGUGCCAGGUUAGUUUUUCUUUAACCCACAUGUUUUCUGCUGUCAUUGCCAGGAUAGUGUGUAAAAAGGUAUAAAUAAUAGGGGUGCUAGCCACUGACAGGUGUGAUGAAAGAGGGGUUCGAGGCAUGGUAAGGAAGGCAUGUGACAGAAAUUGGGAUUACAUGGCUCAAAAAAGGGGUCCGUAUGUAGGACAUGUUUGAAGUGGGGUCCAGGUGUGAAAUAUUGGGAUUGCAUGUGAAGGAGACAUAAAAGUGGGGUACAUGUAAGAAAUAGAUGUCACACUAGUGAGAUGUAUAAAUUUAGUGAAUUUCUGUUAUAAAAGUGAGGUACACGUGUUAAAUAGAAGGGGUGCAUGCUGUUGAUACAAUAAAGGGGUUCAUGUGACAGAUGUAGAGGAAUACAUGUGACAGGAACAUACUGGAGUGUGCAUGGCAGAUGCAGAAAUAGUGGGGUACACUGCCCAGUGUACAGUGGCUGUGUAUAGUAUUAGGGGGUGUAGUAUUGAGAGUCUGAUUGACCUGGGUUUUUAUUUUAGGUUUAAUUCUUUAUAUUUUGUAAUGUUUUUCUCUUGUUGUACAGCUGGCUAACAUACAAGGACAACCUUCACAUUACCGAUGUGUGUUACAUCCUUCUUAAACAAUGUGUCCUCCACCCUGCACGUUGUGGCCCUGAGCUAUGUAAUCUUCUAUGUUUGUUGCGUGUUCAGACAUACUCCCAGGCAUUAAACAGGGAGCAAGCCAGGCUUCCGCUGCCUUCAGGGAUAUCAACUAUCUCUAACGAUUCGUUGAACACAUUUACAAGAUCCGUCUCAGUAGUCUCUGCUUGCAUGUGGACCUCAAUUCAGGGUUAUUUACUAAAAUGAGAAUUCAAAGUGAAUUUCAGAUAACCGGACUGGAAAAAUUCUCUAGAUCAGCUAAGCUUCUAGUCUGGCUACUUUGGCCUUAAAUUUAAAUUCACUUUGAAAUCUUACUUUAUCAAAUAGCCCUGCUUGACUCCUCUUUUACAGCAUUAUUCAAAGGGAAUUUAAUAUUUAAAGGAACACUAUGGUAUUCCUAACACUGCAUUCUCCCUCUGCCUUUGCAGAAAGGGUUAAAAACGGCUACCUGGGAACCCAAUGCCCAGGUGCUGUGAGUGCCGUAUUUGCAUUCGGCCUUCCCCACGGGAAAGCAUUGAAGCAUUCCUUUCCUAUGGGGUUUUUCAAAUGCUGGGCAAAAUCCUUGUGCAAAGUAUGAGGACAUCCAGUUAAACUCUGUGUUAAACUCUGUGAUAUAGCAGGAAGCUCCUCUAUUGGCUGUCUGCUAGAGGCAGUCUGAACCCUGCGAUGGAAACACCGCAGACAGCCACUAGAGGCAGUCUGAACCCUGCAAUGGAAACGCCGCAGACAGCCACUAGAAGCAGUCUGAACCCUGCAAUGGAAACACUGCAGACAGCCACGAGAAGCAGUCUGAACCCUGCAAUGGAAACACCGCAGACAGCCACUAGAGGCAGUCUGAACCCUGCAAUGCAAACGCUGCAGACAGCCACUAGAAGCAGUCUGAACCCUGCAAUGAAAACACUACAGACAGCCACUAGAAGCAGUCUGAACCCUACAAUGGAAACGCCGUAGUCAGCCACUAGAGGCAGUCUGUACCCUGCAAUGGAAACGCCGCAGACAGCCACUAGAAGCAGUCUGAACCCUGCAAUGGAAACACUGCAGACAGCCACUAGAGGCAGUCUGAACCCUGCAAUGGAAACACCUCAGUCAGCCACUAGAAGCAGUCUGAACCCUGCAAUGGAAACACUGCAGACAGCCACUAGAAGCAGUCUGAACCCUGCAAUGGAAACGCCGCAGACAGCCACCAGAGGCAGUCUGAACCCUGCAGUGGAAACGCUGCAGACAGCCACUAGAAGCAGUCUGAACCCUGCAAUGGAAACACCGCAGUCAGCCACUAGAAGCAGUCUGAACCCUGCAAUGGAAACACUGCAGUCAGCCACUAGAGGCAGUCUGAACCCUGCAAUGGAAACACCUCAGUCAGCCACUAGAGGCAGUCUGAACCCUGCAAUGGAAACACCGCAGUCAGCCACUAGAAGCAGUCUGAACCCUGCAAUGGAAACACUGCAGUCAGCCACUAGAAGCAGUCUGAACCCUGCAAUGGAAACACUGCAGUCAGCCACUAGAAGCAGUCUGAACCCUGCAAUGGAAACGCCGCAGACAGCCACUAGAAGCAGUCUGAACCCUGCAAUGGAAACACCGCAGACAGCCACUAGAAGCAGUCUGAACCCUGCAAUGGAAACACCGCAGUCAGCCACUAGAAGCAGUCUGAACCCUGCAAUGGAAACACCGCAGUCAGCCACUAGAAGCAGUCUGUACCCUGCAAUGGAAACACUGCAGUCAGCCACUAGAAGCAGUCUGAACCCUGCAAUGGAAACACUGCAGUCAGCCACUAGAAGCAGUCUGUACCCUGCAAUGGAAACGCCGCAGACAGCCACUAGAAGCAGUCUGUACCCUGCAAUGGAAACACUGCAGUCAGCCACUAGAAGCAGUCUGUACCCUGCAAUGGAAACGCCGCAGACAGCCACUAGAAGCAGUCUGUACCCUGCAAUGGAAACACUGCAGUCAGCCACUAGAAGCAGUCUGUACCCUGCAAUGGAAACGCCGCAGACAGCCACUAGAAGCAGUCUGUACCCUGCAAUGGAAACACUGCAGUCAGCCACUAGAAGCAGUCUGUACCCUGCAAUGGAAACGCCGCAGACAGCCACUAGAAGCAGUCUGUACCCUGCAAUGGAAACACUGCAGUCAGCCACUAGAAGCAGUCUGUACCCUGCAAUGGAAACGCCGCAGACAGCCACUAGAAGCAGUCUGUACCCUGCAAUGGAAACACCUCAGUCAGCCACUAGAAGCAGUCUGAACCCUACAAUGGAAACACUGCAGUCAGUCACUAGAAGCAGUCUGUACCCUGCAAUGGAAAUACUGCAGUUUCUCUAAAACAGUUUUACAUUACAAGGCUAUGGGAGACAGGGACACCCUGCACCCAGACCAUUUCAUUGAGGUGAAGUGGUCUCAGUGCCUAUAGUGUCCCUUUAAGGUCAAAAUAUCUGUACUGGAAACAUUCCCUAUGUCAGAGUGCUUUUAAUUUGGCAAUUCUGGCCAUAAAGUUGAAAUUCACUUUUAAUUCUCACUGUAGUGAAUAGCCCUGUUUGUUUGUUUUUUUUAUUCCCCAUAGAAAGGGUAAUUUACUAAAGUAAGAAAUCCAAGUGAAUUUUAAAUUUAAGGCCAGUUACCAAACUGAAAUCAUUACUGACUUAGAAUGUUUCCAUAUUGGCUUUUUUGAGUUUAAAUUUGAAUUCACUUGGGAUUCUCACUGUCAGUGUUUUUGUUUUCUACCACCCGUCCAUGAUCCCUGACAUUCUCUGUUGUGGAAAUUCAGUGAUCGGUCCCUGUACCCCCCCCCACCCCCCCCUCCACUACCCACACGUCAUCUUUCAGUAAACUAAUAUAUUUAUAUAUGGGGGUCGAUAUUGUCUGUAUUGUGACUGCAUUGCAUUCUCAGGGUUAAUAUCUGGGUGUGAAUUCUAGAUAAUUUAACUUUUUAAUCACAAUAACCAGACUGGAAAAUAAUGAAUGGGUUUUUUCUGGCUUAGAAUUUCAAGUUCUCAAUAUACAUCAAUUCACACUUCAGUGAAGUAGCCUGUCUUGCCAGAAUGCUUCUUAUACUGUGCUAAGAGUCACCAGUGAUACGAAUGGCAUCACUUCAUGCCCCCAUGCCUGUCUUGCCUCCACCUGCUCCCCCCAGUCCUGGUCUCAUACUUCCAGUGCUGACAAGUUUGCCGUCAUAAACCUAGCUGUAAUGUCCCAGGUACUGUCUUGAUUAGAGCCAAAAAUCUUAAAGAACCUUUUUAGGCUGUACCCAUUCGUGUGGUAUUUGUACCCACCUUGUUAGAGCACACCAUGUGCACACCUGGCUAAGCAAGUCAUGUGCCCUCUAUAGUGUCUUUCCCAUGCUGUUCACAUGGCACAGUCUGUGAUUGGCUGGAGUGCAUUCUCAGCUGACCAAUGAGGAAGAGGCAGUUUCCACAGUCAGUUGGCACAUAGAUCCAGUGUAACCAACUUAUCUAGCAGGAAGGAGUUAAGAUGGUAGGACGAGGUACACCAAACAGAAUUCCCCUGCGCCGUUCCCGUUCCUUCCUCGCUGGCCUGUGCUUCCCAGUAUCUAGGGUCCACCGACAGCUCUGCAAGUGGAGUUACUCUGACCGCGUGAAUGCUCUUGCCCCAGUGUACCUGGCUGCUGUGCUGCAGUAUUUGUCCUUGGAGAUCCUGCAUUUAGCUGUUCAUGCUGCCAGGAACAAGACGCGCAUAUUCCCGCGUCACAUCCUUUACGCCUUGCGCAAUGACACUGACCUGGGGAUUCUGACCGGUCCGGUAAUCAUCGCUCACAGCUUGCUGUACAAGAAGAAGCAGCAGUCUGUUUAUUUAAACAAGAGCUAUCCUGUGAAGACUGCGCAAACAGCCUUGCGGAGGGGAGAUCUGUGCCAUAAAACUGCACAGAAUGCCACGUAAUUAUCUUCAGUAGACUAAACAGAGAGAGCAGGAGAUUCAACGAGAAGACUCCAGGAGACUGAAAUUAUCGUGCUUUAUUAAAAAUACAAGGCAAAAAGUAGACUGCUAAAUAAACACAGUUAUCAUUUAAAUAUCACUAGUUCGUUUUUUGUUGUUAUUUUGCACAUAAAUUAACUCUUUAACUCUUAUUAAUAUGUUAAACUCCUUUUGCGCUCCACCUUGUAAAUAUCUGGGUAUGUUUAACUUUGCCGGUAUGUUUUAAGUAGAAGGUAUCUGACUAUAGGAAGCCAUGUUAAGCCCAGUCAAUGCUUAUAUAAUUUAUUUGUUAAACUAGGUACGGCAGAAUAGCUAAUCGGGAAAUGUGUACAAAAAUAUCCAAACUGGUACAAUUUGUGUUGGAGAAUUAUACCAGUUUGGAUAUUUUUUUUUUUCCAGUUCUCCUUAAUUCCUGCUUUUAAUCGUAUCUGUUAUUCUGCCAAACAUACCCCAUAUCUCAAAAAAGCAAGCUCCCUGUCACACAUUUUUGUUUUUUCAAAAAGCACCAAUAACUACUGCAGCUCAGUACAAAUUAAACCUUUUUUGAUUUUCAUUAUAACAAGAGAAAUGGACUAGUGAGUUGCGUGGAUACAGUAAGCUAUAGAUUAGAAAACAAAUUAGCAAAAUAUUAGAAAAGAAAUUACAAAACAGUGGGAAAAAGAAAACAGGUUGGGACACAGGGGUCGCAAGUAAAGGAGGUUUUAGCAGGCCUGUCUGUAGAUAGAAGGGGCAAUCGAUAAAUUCCCUGGAUUUCAUACUGCGCCCAGUGCACCAUACGCUCACUGCCCCUUUAAUGCCUUUAGGUAAAGGAUACUACUGCUGAGUAAUACAUCUUACUGGUUCACAUAAACACUAGUAAUUUUAUUUAUUAACAGGGCUAUUUACUAACGUAAGAAUUCAAAGUGACUUUCAAACUUAAGGCCAGAGUAGCCGAACUGAAAGCUUAGCUAACGUAGAGAAUUUUUCCAGUUUGGCUAUUUUGAACUCUCACAUUGGUAAAUACCUUUUGUAAACGUGAUUGAUUCAAAAUGGAAACCCUGUAAUAAUGAACGAUGAGGAAUUCAAAGUGAAUUUUACAUUUUAGGCUAAAAUAGGAAAUUGAAAAAUAGGUCCAAUUUGGGUAUUUUACCUAAAAAUGUAACAUUCACUUUGAAGCCCCAAUAGUUUGCACUUUAUUUAAUAGCCCUGAUUGUGUUUUAGCAAAGCCUGGACUUAGUAAUGUAAUGUAAUCCUAAGGGGCUCUAAGGUCUCCAGGACCUUCUUGUUUCCUUAGGACGUUUUUCAUUCCCACAUACGGGUGGGCAGCUCAUGAAAGACAUACCUCCCAAGUGACCAACCAUCGGGCAUGGUUUCCUAAGAACUAGAUUGGACUAGUUAUCAGGGAUGGCAAUACAUAGAAUGGGCAGCUACCUUACCUGUCUACUAUGGCCAGGUACCUUGAAUACAAACUUGUAGUUUUCUUAUUCCUUUUAUACGUGUAGAUAUACUUUUACAUUUUGCUAAUUAGAAAACAUAUUCGGCAUGGCUGAAAGGUAGAAAUUGAUUCUUUUGGGCAGUGUUGUGCAGUCAGUACACAAAAUCUACACGCCCAACUCCUCAAUUUAUGGUCCCUCUGACACCUGUAACCCAAUAUUGCUUCCGACUCUAAAGCUUGGAUUUUGGUGGAAAAAACGCACCCAAUAAUUAUACUCCUAUGGAUACCCAAGUCCAGGAUCUGGCAAUCCCUGUGACAGUUUAGCCAUUUGAGGAGGAAAUCUAAUCAUGGGCACAGAUGGUCCAAUAAUAUCUGAGCAACGUUGACUUUAUAUGGGGAAACUGGUCAUUUGGUCACAGGAUUACACUAAUUACAAUCAAAUCAAGAAAAUUAUUUCCAACUAGCACGGCUGGGUGCACCGGGAUGGGGUUAAUAUCGCAGAGAAAUACCCUAUUGUGGGGCAGUAUAUAAUGAUAUAAUAAUAAUAAUGUGUGAUUUUUAUAGCGCUUUUCUCCCUGUAAGACUCAAAGCACUUUACAAGUAUACAAACAUAAAGACAUAAAAGUUUCUGAAGGUCAGCUGAGCGGGCUGAAAGCCUGAUGGAAGAGGUGGGUCUUUAGCUUUUUAAAAAGUCUGUAAGGACGGUGCCUCUCUGAUUGCCAGAAGGUAGGGGCAGCAUGGCUGAAUGCCCUGGAACCUAAGUCUGUCUUUAUUCUUGACACUGACAGGAAGGAUUCGCUGGUUGACCGAAGUGAACAGGAUGGAAUGGAAUGUGUCAGGUGCUCUUUCAGGUACUGUGGGCCUUGAUUGUUUAAGGCUUUGAAGGUUAGCAGGCCAAUUUUAAAAUAUGUUCGGGUUCACUUUAAGCCUACUAGCAUUCAUCCAUUCUAUGAGUUCUGCUAAGCAUCUGUUAAUGCGGCAUGUUGGGUCUGUGGUAUCUGGAGCAAAGGAGAAGUUGUGUCAUCAGCGUAACAAUGAUACCUUAGGUAUGAUAAUGUAGUGAAUGGAGUUAAAGUUCGUAGGUGUUUUGGGUAUUUAACGUCAGCCAGCAUUAACCAUAAAGUGUACAAAAUGUUUCUAUGGUAAUAAAAAUGACUGGCCAUAUCUCCCUGUUCUGGUAGGUAUUACAUGAUGAUGGGAGUGGAGGUUUGAAAGUUAAGUAUUGUGCAUUAGGAUGAUAUGGUAGAACUAGCAGCACAGGUUGUGGUAGAUCAGACAUGUCAUCUGCUUUGCUUGUGCCAUGAAACAUGGAUAAAGUGUAAUGCUUUCUAUAUUAUGUGUGGCAUUUGUUACUUUGCUUUCCUGUAAUGUGUGAACCCUGCAGCUCUCGCUGAGUACUGAACCCUGCAGCUCUCUGUAAGCUGAGUACUGAACCCUGCAGCUCUCCGUAUGCUGAGUACUGAACCCUGCAGCUCUCCGUAUGCUGAAUACUGAACCCUGCAGCUCUCUGUAAGCUGAGUACUGAACCCUGCAGCUCAUAUGCUGAGUACUGAACCCUGCAGCUCUCUGUAAGCUGAGUACUGAACCCUGCAGCUCUCUGUAAGCUGAGUACUGAACCCUGCAGCUCUCUGUAAGCUGAGUACUGAACCCUGCAGCUCUCCGUAUGCUGAGUACUGAACCCUGCAGCUCUCCGUAUGCUGAAUACUGAACCCUGCAGCUCUCUGUAAGCUGAGUACUGAACCCUGCAGCUCAUAUGCUGAGUACUGAACCCUGCAGCUCUCUGUAAGCUGAGUACUGAACCCUGCAGCUCUCUGUAAGCUGAGUACUGAACCCUGCAGCUCUCUGUAAGCUGAGUACUGAACCCUGCAGCUCAACGUAUGCUGAGUACUGAACCCUGCAGCUCUCCGUAAGCUGAGUACUGAACCCUGCAGCUCUCUGUAAGCUGAGUACUGAACCCUGCAGCUCUCCGUAUGCUGAGUACUGAACCCUGCAGCUCUCUGUAAACUGAGUACUGAACCCUGCAGCUCAUAUGCUGAGUACUGAACCCUGCAGCUCUCCGUAUGCUGAGUACUGAACCCUGCAGCUCUCCGUAUGCUGAGUACUGAACCAUGCAGCUCUCCGUAUGCUGAGUACUGAACCAUGCAGCUCUCCGUAUGCUGAGUACUGAACCAUGCAGCUCUCUGUAAGCUGAGUACUGAACCCUGCAGCUCUCUGUAAACUGAGUACUGAACCCCGCAGCUCUCCUUAAGCUGAAUAUUGAACCCUGCAGCUCUCCGUAAGCUGAGUAUUGAACCCUGCAGCUCUCCUUAAGCUGAGUAUUGAACCCUGCAGCUCUCCAUAGAACAAACACUGAACCCUGCAGCUCUCCAUAAGCUAAGUACUGAACCCUGCAGCUCUCCAUAGAACAAACACUGAACCCUGCAGCUCUCCUUAGACAAACCCUGAACCCUGAAGUUCUCUGUAAGCUGAGUACUAAACCCUGAAGCUCUCUGUAAACUGAAUACUAAACCAGGAAGCGCUCUGUAAACUGAAUACUAAACCAUGAAGCUCUCUGUAAGCUGAAUACUAAACCCUGCAGCUCUCUGUAAGCUGAAUACUAAACCCUGAAGCUCUCUAUAAGCUGAAUACUGAACCUCGAAGCUCUCUGUAAGCUGAAUACUAAACCAGAAAGCUCUCUGUAAGCUGAAUACUAAACCAGGAAGCUCUCUGUAAGCUGAAUAGUAAACCCUGAAGCUCUCUGUAAGCUGAAUACUAAACCCUGAAGCUCUCUGUAAGCUGAAUACUAAACCAGGAAGCUCUCUGUAAGCUGGAUACUAAACCAGGAAGCUCUCUGUAAGCUGAAUACUAAACCAGGAAGCUCUCUGUAAGCUGGAUACGAAACCAGGAAGCUCUCUGUAAGCUGAAUACUAAACCAGGAAGCUCUCUGUAAGCUGAAUACUAAACCCUGAAGCUCUCUGUAAGCUGAAUACUAAACCAUGAAGCUCUCUGUAUGCUGAGUACUGAACCCUGCAGCUCUCUGUAAGCUGAGUACUGAACCCUGCAGCUCUCUGUAAGCUGAGUACUGAACCCUGCAGCUCUCUGUAAGCUGAGUACUGAACCCUGCAGCUCUCCGUAUGCUGAGUACUGAACCCUGCAGCUCUCCGUAUGCUGAAUACUGAACCCUGCAGCUCUCUGUAAGCUGAGUACUGAACCCUGCAGCUCAUAUGCUGAGUACUGAACCCUGCAGCUCUCUGUAAGCUGAGUACUGAACCCUGCAGCUCUCCGUAUGCUGAGUACUGAACCCUGCAGCUCUCCGUAUGCUGAAUACUGAACCCUGCAGCUCUCUGUAAGCUGAGUACUGAACCCUGCAGCUCAUAUGCUGAGUACUGAACCCUGCAGCUCUCCGUAUGCUGAGUACUGAACCCUGCAGCUCUCCGUAUGCUGAGUACUGAACCCUGCAGCUCUCCGUAUGCUGAGUACUGAACCAUGCAGCUCUCUGUAAGCUGAGUACUGAACCCUGCAGCUCUCUGUAAACUGAGUACUGAACCCCGCAGCUCUCCUUAAGAUGAAUAUUGAACCCUGCAGCUCUCCGUAAGCUGAGUAUUGAACCCUGCAGCUCUCCUUAAGCUGAGUAUUGAACCCUGCAGCUCUCCAUAGAACAAACACUGAACCCUGCAGCUCUCCAUAAGCUGAGUACUGAACCCUGCAGCUCUCCAUAGAACAAACACUGAACCCUGCAGCUCUCCUUAGACAAACACUGAACCCUGAAGUUCUCUGUAAGCUGAGUACUAAACCCUGAAGCUCUCUGUAAACUGAAUACUAAACCAGGAAGCGCUCUGUAAACUGAAUACUAAACCAUGAAGCUCUCUGUAAGCUGAAUACUAAACCCUGCAGCUCUCUGUAAGCUGAAUACUAAACCCUGAAGCUCUCUAUAAGCUGAAUACUGAACCCUGAAGCUCUCCUUAAGCUGAAUAUUGAACCCUGCAGCUCUCUGUAAGCUGAAUACUAAACCCUGCAGCUCUCUGUAAGCUGAAUACUAAACCCUGCAGCUCUCUGUAAACUGAAUACUAAACCCUGAAGCUCUCUGUAAGCUGAAUACUGAACCCUGAAGCUCUCUGUAAGCUGAAUACUAAAGCAGGAAGCUCUCUGUAAGCUGAAUACUAAACCAGGAAGCGCUCUGUAAACUGAAUACUAAACCAUGAAGCUCUCUGUAAGCUGAAUACUAAACCCUGCAGCUCUCUGUAAGCUGAAUACUAAACCCUGAAGCUCUCUAUAAGCUGAAUACUGAACCCUGAAGCUCUCUGUAAGCUGAAUACUGAACCCUGAAGCUCUCUGUAAGCUGAAUACUAAACCAGGAAGCUCUCUGUAAGCUGAAUAGUAAACCCUGAAGCUCUCUGUAAGCUGAAUACUAAACCCUGAAGCUCUCUGUAAGCUGAAUACUAAACCAGGAAGCUCUCUGUAAGCUGGAUACUAAACCAGGAAGCUCUCUGUAAGCUGAAUACUAAACCAGGAAGCUCUCUGUAAGCUGGAUACGAAACCAGGAAGCUCUCUGUAAGCUGAAUACUAAACCAGGAAGCUCUCUGUAAGCUGAAUACUAAACCCUGAAGCUCUCUGUAAGCUGAAUACUAAACCAUGAAGCUCUCUGUAUGCUGAGUACUGAACCCUGCAGCUCUCUGUAAGCUGAGUACUGAACCCUGCAGCUCUCUGUAAGCUGAGUACUGAACCCUGCAGCUCUCUGUAAGCUGAGUACUGAACCCUGCAGCUCUCCGUAUGCUGAGUACUGAACCCUGCAGCUCUCCGUAUGCUGAAUACUGAACCCUGCAGCUCUCUGUAAGCUGAGUACUGAACCCUGCAGCUCAUAUGCUGAGUACUGAACCCUGCAGCUCUCUGUAAGCUGAGUACUGAACCCUGCAGCUCUCCGUAUGCUGAGUACUGAACCCUGCAGCUCUCCGUAUGCUGAAUACUGAACCCUGCAGCUCUCUGUAAGCUGAGUACUGAACCCUGCAGCUCAUAUGCUGAGUACUGAACCCUGCAGCUCUCCGUAUGCUGAGUACUGAACCCUGCAGCUCUCCGUAUGCUGAGUACUGAACCCUGCAGCUCUCCGUAUGCUGAGUACUGAACCAUGCAGCUCUCUGUAAGCUGAGUACUGAACCCUGCAGCUCUCUGUAAACUGAGUACUGAACCCCGCAGCUCUCCUUAAGAUGAAUAUUGAACCCUGCAGCUCUCCGUAAGCUGAGUAUUGAACCCUGCAGCUCUCCUUAAGCUGAGUAUUGAACCCUGCAGCUCUCCAUAGAACAAACACUGAACCCUGCAGCUCUCCAUAAGCUGAGUACUGAACCCUGCAGCUCUCCAUAGAACAAACACUGAACCCUGCAGCUCUCCUUAGACAAACACUGAACCCUGAAGUUCUCUGUAAGCUGAGUACUAAACCCUGAAGCUCUCUGUAAACUGAAUACUAAACCAGGAAGCGCUCUGUAAACUGAAUACUAAACCAUGAAGCUCUCUGUAAGCUGAAUACUAAACCCUGCAGCUCUCUGUAAGCUGAAUACUAAACCCUGAAGCUCUCUAUAAGCUGAAUACUGAACCCUGAAGCUCUCCUUAAGCUGAAUAUUGAACCCUGCAGCUCUCUGUAAGCUGAAUACUAAACCCUGCAGCUCUCUGUAAGCUGAAUACUAAACCCUGCAGCUCUCUGUAAACUGAAUACUAAACCCUGAAGCUCUCUGUAAGCUGAAUACUGAACCCUGAAGCUCUCUGUAAGCUGAAUACUAAAGCAGGAAGCUCUCUGUAAGCUGAAUACUAAACCAGGAAGCGCUCUGUAAACUGAAUACUAAACCAUGAAGCUCUCUGUAAGCUGAAUACUAAACCCUGCAGCUCUCUGUAAGCUGAAUACUAAACCCUGAAGCUCUCUAUAAGCUGAAUACUGAACCCUGAAGCUCUCUGUAAGCUGAAUACUGAACCCUGAAGCUCUCUGUAAGCUGAAUACUAAACCAGGAAGCUCUCUGUAAGCUGAAUAGUAAACCCUGAAGCUCUCUGUAAGCUGAAUACUAAACCCUGAAGCUCUCUGUAAGCUGAAUACUCAAAACAGGAAGCUCUCUCUGUAAGCUGGAUACCAAACUGCAGCCUCUCAAAGCUUGAAUACUAAACCAGAAGCUCUCUGUAAGCUGGAUACUAAACCAGGAAGCUCUCUGUAAGCUGAAUACUAAACCCUGAAGCUCUCUGUAAGCUGAAUACUAAACCCUGAAGCUCUCUGUAAGCUGAAUACUAAACCAUGAAGCUCUCUGUAUGCUGAAUACUAAACCAGGAAGCUCUCUGUAAGCUGAAUAGUAAACCCCGAAGCUCUCUGUAAGCUGAAUACUAAACCAGGAAGUUCUCUGUAAGCUGAAUACUAAACCAGGAAGCUCUCUGUAAGCUGAAUACUAAACCCUGAAGCUCUCUGUAAGCUGAAUACUAAACCCCGAAGCUCUCUGUAAGCUGAAUACUAAACCAGGAAGCUCUCUGUAAGCUGAAUACUAAACCAGGAAGCUCUCUGUAAGCUGAAUAGUAAACCCUGAAGCUCUCUAUAAGCUGAAUACUAAACCCCGAAGCUCUCUGUAAGCUGAAUACUAAACCAGGAAGCUCUCUGUAAGCUGAAUACUAAACCCUGCAGCUCUCUGUAAGCUGAAUACUAAACCAGGAAGUUCUCUGUAAGCUGAAUACUAAACCCUGAAGCUCUCUGUAAGCUGAAUACUAAACCAGGAAGUUCUCUGUAAGCUGAAUACUAAACCCUGAAGCUCUCUGUAAGCUGAAUACUAAACCCCGAAGCUCUCUGUAAGCUGAAUACUAAACCAGGAAGCUCUCUGUAAGCUGAAUACUAAACCAGGAAGCUCUCUGUAAGCUGAAUACUAAACCAGGAAGCUCUCUGUAAGCUGAAUACUAAACCAGGAAGCUCUCUGUAAGCUGAAUACUAAACCCUGAAGCUCUCUGUAAGCUGAAUACUAAACCCCGAAGCUCUCUGUAAGCUGAAUACUAAACCAGGAAGCUCUCUGUAAGCUGAAUACUAAACCCUGAAGCUCUCUGUAAGCUGAAUACUAAACCCUGCAGCUCUCUGUAAUCUGAAUACUAAACCCUGAAGCUCUCUGUAAGCUGAAUACUAAACCCUGCAGCUCUCUGUAAGCUGAAUACUAAACCCUGCAGCUCUCUGUAAGCUGAAUACUAAACCCUGCAGCUCUCUGUAAGCUGAAUACUAAACCCCGAAGCUCUCUGUAAGCUGAAUACUAAACCAGGAAGCUCUCUGUAAGCUGAAUACUAAACCCUGCAGCUCUCUGUAAGCUGAAUACUAAAACCCUUGAAGCUCUCUGUGUUGAAUACUAAACCUGCAGCUCUCUAAAGCUGAAUACUAAACCCCUGCAGCUCUCUGUAAGCUGAAUACUAAACCCUGCAGCUCUCUGUAAGCUGAAUACUAAACCAGGAAGCUCUCUGUAAGCUGAAUACUAAACCCCGAAGCUCUCUGUAAGCUGAAUACUAAACCAGGAAGCUCUCUGUAAGCUGAAUACUAAACCCUAAAGCUCUCUGUAAGCUGGAUACUAAACCAGGAAGCUCUCUGUGAGCUGAAUACUAAACCCUGAAGCUCUCUGUAAGCUGAAUACUAAACCCCGAAGCUCUCUGUAAGCUGAAUACUAAACCAGGAAGCUCUCUGUAAGCUGAAUACUAAACCAGGAAGUUCUCUGUAAGCUGAACACUAAACCCUGAAGCUCUCUGUAAGCUGAAUUCUAAACCCCGAAGCUCUCUGUAAGCUGAAUACUAAACCAGGAAGUUCUCUGUAAGCUGAAUACUAAACCCCAAAGCUCUCUGUAAGCUGAAUACUAAACCAGGAAGCUCCCUGUAAGCUGAAUACUAAACCAGGAAGUUCUCUGUAAGCUGAAUACUAAACCCUGCAGCUCUCUGUAAGCUGAAUACUAAACCAGGAAGCUCUCUGUAAGCUGAAUACUAAACCCUGAAGCUCUCUGUAAGCUGAAUACUAAACCCUGAAGCUCUCUGUGUUGAAUACUAAACCCCGAAGCUCUCUGUAAGCUGGAUACUAAACCAGGAAGCUCUCUGUAAGCUGAAUACUAAACCAGGAAGCUCUCUGUAAGCUGAAUACUAAACCAGGAAGCUCUCUGUAAGCUGAAUACUAAACCCUGAAGCUCUCUGUAAGCUGAGUACUGAACCCUGCAGCUCUCUGUAAGCUGAAUACUAAACCAGGAAGCUCUCUGUAAGCUGAAUACUAAACCAUGAAGCUCUCUGUAAGCUGAAUACUAAACCCUGAAGCUCUCUGUAAGCUGAAUACUAAACCAGGAAGCUCUCUGUAAGCUGAAUACUAAACCCUGAAGCUCUCUGUAAGCUGAAUACUAAACCAGGAAGCUCUCUGUAAGCUGAAUACUAAACCCUGAAGCUCUCUGUAAGCUGAAUACUAAACCCUGAAGCUCUCUGUAAGCUGAAUACUAAACCCUGCAGCUCUCUGUAAGCUGAAUACUGAACCCUGCAGCUCUCUGUAAGCUGAAUACUAAACCCUGCAGCUCUCUGUAAGCUGAAUACUAAACCAGGAAGUUCUCUGUAAGCUGAAUACUAAACUAGGAAGUUCUCUGUAAGCUGAAUACUAAACCCUGCAGCUCUAUGUAAGCUGAAUACUAAACCCUGCAGCUCUCUGUAAGCUGGAUACUAAACCCUGCAGCUCUCUGUAAGCUGAAUACUGAACCCUGCAGCUCUCUGUAAGCUGAAUACUAAACCCUGCAGCUCUCUGUAAGCUGAAUACUAAACCCUGCAGCUCUCUGUAAGCUGAAUACUAAACCAGGAAGUUCUCUGUAAGCUGAAUACUAAACCCUGCAGCUCUCUGUAAGCUGAAUACUAAACCCUGCAGCUCUCUGUAAGCUGAAUACUAAACCCUGAAGCUCUCUGUAAGCUGGAUACUAAACCAGGAAGCUCUCUGUAAGCUGAAUACUGAACCCUGAAGCUCUCUGUAAGCUGAAUACUAAACCAGGAAGCUCUCUGUAAGCUGAAUACUAAACCAGGAAGCUCUCUGUAAGCUGGAUACUAAACCAGGAAGCUCUCUGUAAGCUGGAUACUAAACCAGGAAGCUCUCUGUAAACUGAAUAGUAAACCCUGAAGCUCUCUGUAAGCUGGAUACUAAACCAGGAAGCUCUCUGUAAGCUGGAUACUAAACCAGGAAGCUCUCUGUAAGCUGAAUAGUAAACCCUGAAGCUCUCUGUAAGCUGGAUACUAAACCAGGAAGCUCUCUGUAAGCUGAAUACUAAACCAGGAAGCUCUCUGUAAGCUGGAUACUAAACCAGGAAGCUCUCUGUAAGCUGAAUACUAAACCAGGAAGCUCUCUGUAAGCUGAAUACUAAACCAGGAAGCUCUCUGUAAGCUGGAUACUAAACCCUGCAGUUAUUCAGUUAUCAUGAACUCUAGCGUUUUACAGUGGAAAGUUUUCAGACUUUUCAUAAAGUCCAACUGCAUGUUAAUAACCGGAGAUUGACGGUACUGCAGUCUAUGCUGUGUGUAUCCAUUAAGUGUGGAGUUUGGUGCUGUAUUGGGAGAGAGGGACAGAGCGGUACUUUACUUAUUGUGAGUUAAUUUUCUGUUGAAGGAGGUUAACUCAUUUGUUCAGCUUCAAUCAAAAUCUCAAUCUCUCUGCAAAUGAAUCCCUACACUCUAUGUGUAAAUUAUCCCUUAUUAUUAACAUAUUUAUACCAGUUAAAUUAACCUCUUCGUACAAAAUCAUAAUCAUGUUUAACCCUUUGUGUCUUUCCAGCUAUCCUCCACAUUUUUUUCCUUUCAUCCUAAGGACGUUUUGGUGACACAGAAAACAUGGAGAAUGAACAUCAGACCUCCUCCACUUCCAGCAAUGCUGCUAGCCCUAACGGGCGUCAGUCCACUCCCUCAUUACCAGUUUAUAGCGGGAUCCCAGACCGGCAAGCUGUGCAGGUAACACAUCUAUCAUACCUGUUCAGCAAUCCGUUCAGCUGUCACUUUAUUUGUCACUUCGUCUCCCAUUGUGAAAUCACAUAAACUCAGCAGUUCCUCUCGGUUUCUGGAUGUAAUUAAUUAAAUUAUUAAGGAUCAGUUUUGCCAGCAUGACAAUCUGUUCUUUGAGGAUCUUGUUCCAAAAAUGAAAAGUCCAACUGAGCAAACAAAGCGGAGCCACCUGUUGCUGUUGAUAAAUCAGCAGGGCAAUCGUUGUUGGCACAAGGUUUUUUAGGACAAAGCGUGGUGAUGACAAAGUAUAAGAUUUAUCCGUUAAGUGGCUAAUCUCCCGAUGUUUCACAAAGAAUUUGUGAAGUGGCAAUUCAAGUAUGUACCUGUGUGUAUUUACCUUUCACAGUGUGUACCUUUUGUGUAUUUACCUUCUACACUGUGUACCUGCGUGUAUUUACCUGCCACGGUGUGUACCUGCGUGUAUUUACCUGCCAGAGUGUGUACCUGUGUGUAUUUACCUGCCAGAGUGUGUCCCUGUGUGUAUUUACCUGCCAGAGUGUGUCCCUGUGUGUAUUUACCUUUCACAGUGUGUACCUGCGUGUAUUUACCUGCCAGAGUGUGUACCUGUGUUUAUUUACCUUUACCUUUCACAGUGUGUACCUUUGUGUAUUUACCUGCCAGAGUGUGUACCUGUGUUUAUUUACCUUUACCUUUCACAGUGUGUACCUUUGUGUAUUUACCUGCCAGAGUGUGUACCUGUGUUUAUUUACCUUUACCUUUCACAGUGUGUACCUUUGUGUAUUUACCUGCCAGAGUGUGUACCUGUGUUUAUUUACCUUUACCUUUCACAGUGUGUACCUUUGUGUAUUUACCUGCCAGAGUGUGUACCUGUGUUUAUUUACCUUUACCUUUCACAGUGUGUACCUUUGUGUAUUUACCUGCCAGAGUGUGUACCUGUGUUUAUUUACCUUUACCUUUCACAGUGUGUACCUUUGUGUAUUUACCUGCCAGAGUGUGUACCUGUGUUUAUUUACCUUUCACAGUGUGUACCUGCGUGUAUUUACCUGCCAUGGUGUGUACCUGCGUGUAUUUACCUGCCAGAGUGUGUCCCUGUGUGUAUUUACCUUUCACAGUGUUGACCGGUGUGUAUUGACCUUUCACAGUGUGUACCUGUGUGUAUUUACCUUUCACAGUGUGUACCUUUGUGUAUUUACCUUUCACAGUGUGUACCUGUGUGUAUUUACCUUUCACAGUGUUGACCUGUGUGUAUUGACCUUUCACAGUGUUGACCUGUGUGUAUUGACCUUUCACAGUGUGUACCUGUGUGUAUUUACCUUUUACAGUGUUGACCUGUGUGUAUUGACCUUUCACAGUGUGUACCUGUGUGUAUUUACCUUUCACAGUGUUGACCUGUGUGUAUUUACCUGCCACGGUGUGUACCUGCAUGUAUAUACCUUUCACAGUGUGUACCUGCAUAUAUUUACGUUUCACAGUGUGUACCUUUGUGUAUUUACCUUUCACAGUGUGUACCUGUGUGUUUUUACCUUUCACAGUGUUGACCUGUGUGUAUUGACCUUUCACAGUGUUGACCUGUGUGUAUUGACCUUUCACAGUGUGUACCUGUGUGUAUUGACCUUUCACAGUGUGUACCUGUGUGUAUUUACCUUUUACAGUGUUGACCUGUGUGUAUUGACUUUUCACAGUGUGUACCUGUGUGCAUUUACCUUUCACAGUGUUGACCUGCGUGUAUUUACCUGCCACAGUGUGUACCUGCAUGUAUAUACCUUUCACAGUGUGUACCUGCAUGUAUUUACCUAACAAGACUUAAGGUAAAAUGUCCAAGCAGUGACUGUAGCUAAAUUAGAGAAUUUUUCUCCAAAUCAGCAGUUUUGUCCUGAAUUUUGCAUAUCCGCUUUUAAUUCGGUAUUUAGUUAAUAUCCCACUAUAUUUGUUUUGUCAUCAUACUCAAUGCAGACCAGCACAGUGUGACACAACUAGCUCUCUGCCCCUAGCACAGUGUGAACCCACUAUCUCUCUGCCCCUGGUACAGUGUGACAUGACUAGCUCUCUGCCCUUGGCGCUGUGUGACACGACUAGCUCUCUGCCACUGGCAAAUUGUGGCACUAUCUCUCUGCCCCUGGCACAGCGUGACCAAACUAGCUCUCUGCCCCUGGUACAGUGUGACACAACUAGCUCUCUGCCCCUGGCACAGUGUAACCCUGCUAGCUCUCUGCCUUUGGCACAGUGUGGCAUUACCUCUCUGCCCCUGGCACUGUGUGACCCCUGUUAGCUCUCUGCCCUUGGCGCUGUGUGACACAACUAGCUCUCUGCCCCUGGCACAGUGUGGCACUAGCUCUCUGCCCCUGGCACUGUGUGACCCCUGUUAGCUCUCUGCCCCGGCACUGUGUGGCAUUAGCUCUCUGCCCCUGGCACUGUUUGACCCCUGUUAGCUCUCCAUUCCUGACAUAAUGGAUCACUUGAGUUCACAAGAUGGGAGAGGGGAGGAAGGAGGUGGCAGUGAUUGAUGAGACUGGCUCAGCCAGGCCCGGAAGCUGCACAUUAUAACGCUCCUUAUUCCAGCUAGCAUUCGCUUUUAUAUUCUAGCAGCCUUUGUAGAUGGAAAACACAAUAACCUCUUCCACCCUCUUAACCUCUGACCCCAUCCCCCUCUCAAAGUGUGUGUUAAAGUGAUUGACCCAGUUAGGACACAGCAUUUUGCCUUUGACUGUGGCGCAGGUAGGAAAAAAGUUGACAGAAGAGAUUCUGGCAAUUUAAAAAUGUUCAAAGCUAUUAAAAAAACAUUUUCUGGAAGCUUAGGCAAGUCCUACACCUUCCUUAGAAAGGCCAACACUGCUGAUUAAUGUCUUGCAUUACACUGGGAGAUAAGAAAGUGUGACCAAGGGGGAAUCGAUACAAGUGGCAGGGGGGUAGCGAUGUGGCCAAAAUAUAAAGGGGGUGAUUAGAGGGCUGCAGGAGUUUUUUUUUUUUAUAGCAAGGCAUUUUUUACCAAUUGGAAAUUACUGUAUAUCCAUGAUUGGGGCUCUUGCUGAACUGGUCCUCUCUGGAAAUAUUAAAACACAACACAAAGGUCUCCAUGACCCCAUAGCCAUUAAAAUAAAUCCCUAUUCAUAGUAUAUAUUGCCCAGGAAAAAAUUCUGAGUAAAUACAUGACCCAGGACAGAAUUCAGAGUAUAUACAAGGUCCGGGACAGAAUUCAGAGUAUAUACAUGGCCCGGGACAGAAUUUAGAGUAUUUACAUGGGCCGGGACAAAAUUCUGAGUAUAUACAUGGCCCGGGACAGAAUUCAGAGUACAUACAUGGUCCGGGGAUAGGAUUCCGAGUAUUUACAUGGGCCGGGACAGAAUUCAGAGUAUUUACAUGGGCCGGGACAGAAUUCACAUGGCCCGGGACAGAAUUCAGAGUAUAUACAUGGCCCGGGACAGAAUUCAGAGUAUAUACAUGGUCCGGGACAGAAUUCAGAGUAUAUACAUGGUCCGGGACAGGAUUCAGAGUAUUUACAUAUAGCUCAGGGGGGAAUUCAGAGUAUAUAGAUUGAUGUAGAUUUUAGUUAUCUGCAAUCUUUUCUUCAACAAUGCUACACAAUGCGAAACUGUAUCCAGAAUUAGAUCUCCUGUAUUUCCCGUCAAUUAAUAUGAUUUAAUCUUUUAUCCUGAGGCUCGUUAACACACAGUGCUAAAUUCUUUGUAUAUGUAUAAUUACGGCCUUUCUGAUUUUCUGUUCAGUUCUUUGAAUUAGUUGGGGAAUUGGGAGGAUUAAUGACUGACUAUGUCUGGUUAACAGGUUAUCCAGCAAGCCCUGCAUCGUCAGCCCAGCACAGCUGCGCAGUACUUACAGCAGAUGUAUGCCGCGCAGCAACAGCAUCUAAUGCUGCAGACAGCAGCACUACAACAACAGCAGCACCUCAGCAGUGCUCAGCUACAAAGCCUAGCAGCCGUGCAGCAGGUAAGUAGGAAUCUGGGAGAAAAAUAAAUCCUAACUCUAAUGCAUAAAGCACCCCUAAAGCAGGGUGGACUAUAGGCAAGUAAAGCACCAUGAAGGCUUCUUACAUACUGCAAAUUCAGUUAUAAGGGCUGUAGUUCUAUGGAACUGUCUAAUAGUAUAAUAUUAGCAAUACGGUUUAGAGCUCUAAUAGUACAAUAUCAGCAAUAAGGUUUAGAGCUCUAUAAAAUUCUAAUAGUACAAUAUCAGCAAUACGGUUUAGAGCUCUAUUUAAUUCUAAUAGUACAAUAUCAGCAAUAAGGUUUAGAGCUCUAAUAGUACAAUAUCAGCAAUAAGGUUUAGAGCUCUAUAUAAUUCUAAUAGUACAAUAUCAGCAAUAAGGUUUAGAGCUCUAUAUAAUUCUAAUAGUACAAUAUCAGCAAUACGGUUUAGAGCUCUAUAUAAUUCUAAUAGUACAAUAUCAGCAAUAAGGUUUAGAGCUCUAAUAGUACAAUAUCAGCAAUAAAGUUUAGAGCUCUAUAUAAUUCUAAUAGUACAAUAUCAGCAAUAAAGUUUAGAGCUCUAUAUAAUUCUAAUAGUAUAAUAUCAGCAAUAAGGUUUAGAGCUCUAAUAGUACAAUAUCAGCAAUAAGGUUUAGAGCUCUAUAGAAUUCUAAUAGUACAAUAUCAGCAAUAAGGUUUAGAGCUCUAUAUAAUUCUAAUAGUACAAUAUCAGCAAUAGGGUUUAGAGCUCUAUAUAAUUCUAAUAGUAUAAUAUCAGCAAUAGGGUUUAGAGCUCUAUAUAAUUCUAAUAGUAUAAUAUCAGCAAUAAGGUUUAGAGCUCUAUAUAAUUCUAAUAGUACAAUAUCAGCAAUAAGGUUUAGAGCUCUAAUAGUACAAUAUCAGCAAUAAGGUUUAGAGCUCUAUAUAAUUCUAAUAGUACAAUAUCAGCAAUAAGGUUUAGAGCUCUAUAUAAUUUUAAUAGUACAAUAUCAGCAAUAAGGUUUAGAGCUCUAUAUAAUUCUAAUAGUACAAUAUCAGCAAUAGGGUUUAGAGCUCUAAUAGUACAAUAUCAGCAAUAAGGUUUAGAGCUCUAUAUAAUUCUAAUAGUACAAUAUCAGCAAUAAGGUUUAGAGCUCUAUAUAAUUUUAAUAGUACAAUAUCAGCAAUAAGGUUUAGAGCUCUAUAUAAUUCUAAUAGUACAAUAUCAGCAAUAAGGUUUAGAACUCUAAUAGUACAAUAUCAGCAAUAAGGUUUAGAGCUCUAUAUAAUUCUAAUAGUACAAUAUCAGCAAUACGGUUUAUAGAUUUAUAUAACUAUAACGGUAUAGUGCCAGCAAUAAUGUUUGGAGUGCUGUGUAACUAAUUUUCUAAUGGUGUGAGUUCAUUAACAUGGUCAUGGGUUCUUUAAUUGUAUAAUAUGAGUGAUCACUGUCCACCCCUCUUUCCUCAGUAACAUUUAAAUGAAAUAAAGACUACUUACCUUGUUUCCAGCGCCAAUGCUCUCCCACUGCAGCCUCCAGCUAUUCCUCCAUUGAUGUCCAAGCUGACAUAACUCACGAUCCCCUUCAGUCUAUUGCUUCUCAUUGAGAAACACAUGAUUGGAACUAGGCGUACGCGGCCAAAUAAAACACAUCUCCAAUCAAAUGAUUAAAUUUCAGGACCACGUUUCACUCGUUCUGGGGGGGGAGCGACUCUCGUGGCUGUCAGGAAGGGAGCCAUUGGAGGUGUACACAUUGCUGUUUCUACAAAACAUUGCAAGACUAAAAAAACAGAGCCACUGCACUCAGUUCUCCUCAUUGAGAUGAAGUUGUCUGGGUGAUGUUAGUGGUCCUUUAAAAAUCUCUAAUGAUAAUGUGUGUUUGUCCACAGUAUAUCUUUCUAUGCCUGUUUGUCUAUACUGUUUUAAGUUGAGAACUACAAUUACAUUUAUAGUUUAAACCGUGUGUAUGUGCAUUAGCACUCAUGUCUGUCCAUUUCUGAGGAUAUUGCUAUUUAUCUAUCAAUAUGAGAACUGUUCAUGUAGAAUUCUUCUUUAUAAGAUGCAUGUGAUUUGAUUUUAGGCCGGUUUAGCUGCCAGCAGACAAGGAACCCCACCUGUGACUAACGUCUGUCAGCAGAAUCUGUCUCAACCACAAACGGUAAGUGCUGUUCAUGUCUAAGUCCCCCUGUUCCUUACUCACUUACAAACAUAAAAUAAGCAAACACUGUGACUGGGAUCCUCUGUAACAUGCUCUAUUACAGAAUAAAAGACUGGGUUCCUCUGUGACACAUUCUAUUACAGAAUAAGAGACUGGGAUCCUCUGUGAAACGUUCUAUUACAGAAUAAGAGACUGGGAUCCUCUGUGACACAUUCUAUUACAGAAUAAGAGACUGGGAUCCUCUGUGACCCAUUCUAUUACAGAAUAAAAGACUGGGAUCCUCUGUGACACAUUCUAUUACAGAAUAAGAGACUGGGAUCCUCUGUGACACGUUCUAUUACAGAAUAAGAGACUGGGAUCCUCUGUGACACAUUCUAUUACGGACAAAGAGACUGGGAUCCUCUGUGACACGUGUUCUAUUACAGAAUAAGAGACUGGGAUCCUCUGUGACACGUGUUCUAUUACAGAAUAAGAGACUGGGAUCCUCUGUGACACAUUCUAUUACAGAAUAAGAGACUGGGAUCCUAUGUGACACAUUCUAUUACGGACAAAGAGACUGGGAUCCUCUGUGACACAUUCUAUUACAGAAUAAGAGACUGGGAUCCUCUGUGACACAUUCUAUUACGGACAAAGAGACUGGGAUCCUCUGUGACACAUUCUAUUACAGAAUAAGAGACUGGGAUACUCUGUGACACAUUCUAUUACAGAAUAAGAGACUGGGAUCCUCUGUGACACGUGUUCUAUUACAGAAUAAGAGACUGGGAUCCUCUGUGACACAUUAUAUUACAGAAUAAGAGACUGGGAUCCUCUGUAACAUGCUGUAUUACAGAAUAAGAGACUGGGAUCCUCUGUGACACAUUCUAUUACAGAAUAAGAGACUGGGAUCCUCUGUGACACGUGUUCUAUUACAGAAUAAGAGACUGGGAUCCUCUGUGAUACAUUCUAUUACGGACAAAGAGACUGGGAUCCUCUGUGACACGUGUUCUAUUACAGAAUAAGAGACUGGGAUCCUCUGUGACACAUUAUAUUACAGAAUAAGAGACUGGGAUCCUCUGUGACACGUGUUCUAUUACGGAAUAAGAGACUGGGAUCCUCUGUGACACAUUCUAUUACAGAAUAAGAGACUGGGAUCCUAUGUGACCCAUUCUAUUACAGAAUAAGAGACUGGGAUCUUCUGUGACACAUUCUAUUACGGAAUAAGAGACUGGGAUCCUCUGUGACACAUUCUAUUACAGAAUAAGAGACUGGGAUCCUCUGUGACACGUGUUCUAUUACAGAAUAAGAGACUGGGAUCCUCUGUGACACGUGUUCUAUUAAGGAAUAAGAGACUGGGAUCUUCUGUGACACAUUCUAUUACAGAAUAAGAGACUGGGAUCCUCUGUGACACAUUCUAUUACAGAAUAAGAGACUGGGAUCCUCUGUGACCAUUCUAUUACAGAAUAAGAGACUGGGAUCCUCUGUGACACGUGUUCUAUUACAGAAUAAGAGACUGGGAUCCUCUGUGACACGUGUUCUAUUAAGGAAUAAGAGACUGGGAUCCUCUGUGACACGUUCUAUUGUGGAAUAAGAGACUGGGAUCCUCUGACAUUUUCUAGUACAGACUAGGAGACUGGGAUCCUCUGUAGGAGCAAUUUCUUUUUUAAUAUUGUAGCAAGCUACUUUUUAUUCCCUAUAUUGGCUGUCCGUAUCUUCCCCCCUGUUAUUUAGUGUGUUUUGCCAGUUAUUUCAUGUGGUUCUUCUUUGGCCGUUCGGGAGACUUCAUACGGACAGAAUCCAUUCGUCUCCCGAAUAAGGACCACCCCUGUACCCAAUUAGAAUAUUAACACCAACCACUUAAGUGCGAAACCGCAAGGGAAACAAUGAUCUUCUGGGUGGCCGACAUUUCGUAUAACCGAACACGUGGCUGGGAGAAAGGCAGCCAUAUUGUCUCCCGAACGAGGGCAGCGGUACUUGAUCUUCGAGGGCCUUGGCCCUCGCGCAAACACCAGUAAACACCUGUUCCCAACCACGUACACGAACGGCGCUUGACAGAUAUAAAGUACCGAACAGGGGGAGCAUUCGUAUAGUGGAAGCAAGAGAUUCCAUUGUAUGGUUUUCUCACAGGAACCUCACGAAUAGUCAGGAUUAUAUUGAUCAAGCACACAGACUAGUAACGUCUUUCUGGGCCUUAGAAUGGCCGGACGUAACGUACCCGAGAAUAGUCAGAAAACCAACCAAGAUCAGGGACACAGAAUGAGACACAGCAAUACGGAAAAGCCAAAAGUCAAGGGUACCAGAAAUCAGGGAAGUCAAAACGAAGCCAAAGUCAAAAACCAGAAAAAAACAAUCAGGAAUACACUCUUGGAUAACCAUCUAAGGGAAACCACGACACAGCAAUGAGCUAAGGAAUAAAUAAGUUUAAAUAACCCUCUUGCAGAUCCAAUUGGCUCAAGGGAUCUUGGGAUUGAAACUCUUGCAUUUUCUGUAAGUGAAACCCCUUGCAUGGGAGAUAGCAUAAAAGCUGUGUAUGUGUGAAUAAAAAUCAGUUAUAUACCCUGCUCCAAAUUAUUAUGCAAAUUCUAUUUAAGUGUCACAAAGAUUAAAUAUUUUGUUUUUCAGUUUAACUCAUGGAUGGCAUUGUGUCUCAGGGCUCUUUUGAUCACUGAAAACAAUCUCGGACACCUGUGAUAAUUAGAUGAGCCCAAUUUAAGGAAACACUACUAAAGGAGGGUGUUCCACAUUAUUAAGCAGAGCACCAUUUUCAUGCAAUAUGGGGAAGAAAAAGGAUCUCUCUGCUGCCGAAAACAGUGAAAUAGUUCAAUGCCUUGGACGAGGUAUGAAAACAUUAGAUAUUUCACGAAAACUUAAGCGUGAUCAUCGCACUAUUAAGAGAUUUGUGGCUGAUUCAGAGCACAGACGGGUUUGUGCAGAUAAAGGCACAUUGAGGAAGAUUUCUGCCAGAUCCAUGCAUUGGAUCAAGAGAGCAGCUGAUAAAAUACCAUUACAUAGCAGCAAACAGAUAUUUGAAGCUGCUGGUGCCUCUGGAGUCCCAUGGACAUCCAGAGUCUUGCAACUGUGCAUAAACCUUCUAUUCGGCCACCACUAACCAAUGCUCACAAGCAGAAACGGCUGCAUUGGGCAGAAAAAUACUUGAAAACUAAUUUUCAAACAGUCCUGUUCACUGAUGAGUGCCGUGCAACCCUGGAUGGUCCAGAUGGAUGGAGUAGUGGAUGGUUGGUGGACGGCCACCCUGUUCCAACAAGACUGCGACGUCAGCAAGGACGUGGUGGAGUCAAGUUUUGGGCCGGACUCAUGGGAAGAGAGCUGGUCGGCCCCUUUAGGGUCCCCGAACGUGUUAAGAUGACCUCUGCAAAGUAUGUGGUGUUUCUGAAUGACCAUUUUCUUCCCUGGUACAGAAGGGAUAAUUUCCGUAAUAAAAUCAUCUUCAUGCAUGACAAUGCACCAUCUCAUGCUGCAAAGAAUACAUCUGCAUCAAUGGCUGUUAUGGGGAUAAACAGCCUCCCCUGACCUCAAUCCUAUUGAGAACCUUUGGAGCAUCCUCAAGCAAAAGAUCUAUGAGGGUGGGAGGCAGUUUACAUCCAAACAGCAGCACUGGGAGGCUAUUCUGACACCUUGCAAACAAAUUCAAGCAGAAACUGUCCAAAAACUCACAAGUUCAAUGGAUGCAAGACUUGUGAAGCUGCUAUCAAAUAAGGGGUCCUAUGUUAAAAUGUUUAAAAAGUUAAAAUGUUGUUAUAAGUUUGAUUGAAAUAGCUUUUGAUUUUAUUAAAUAUACUGAAAACACAACAAAUGACAAUUUUCAGUUCUUUUCAACCUAUAAAGUGUUUUGAAACUUACUGUGCGUAAUAAUUUGGAACAGUGCGUUGUAAGUUUUUUUUAUGUUUAAAAAAAAAUACUGUUAUCAUUAGGAGGUUUGUUAAAUAAAAUUUGAAUUGUACUCUUAAAAGUUGAUAACAUGAGAAUUAUACUGACUGUUAUUUACAUCAAUUAUUUAGGUAAAUGAGAAAAAUAUAAUUUGCAUAAUAAUUUGGAACAGGGUGUACCCCCAGAGCAGAGUGUCAUCCAGUUGCUGGGGAUGAGGUGGGAGAGUCCUGGAUUAUUUUACUGUGUGUGGCUGUUCCAUUAGAGUGUUUUACGUGUUCCUUAGUAUAUCUUGGAGUACCCAGCGGAGGAGAGUCCCUGCUAGGACUAGGGCUCCACUACAUAAGCUGACUGAAUCGGGAUCCAGAGCUCACAGAGGAACAAGUACCAGUGGAUUUAGCCAGAUGGGCCAUGGGUGGAGAUUGACUACUCCAUUCCAAAACAGUCCACGCUAAAGGAUCUCCUAGAGGCAAGAGAGAUAUCAGCGAGCAGCAAGAAAAAGGCUACCCUCGUUGCUGAAGAGAUGGCAGAAUACCGAACGGAUGGCGGUUUGGUUCCCGAACGGAGCUGUUCGGUACACGAACCGGAACCGUCGGAUUUCCUAAUGGAGUUACAGUUUCGGUUGUCCUUUUAUGGGGAAAACCCGUAUACAGACAUUGUUGCACAAACCAUGUCAGAGGUCCAGGAGUUUGUGCUGAGGCAAAGUGAUCAACAAACUCCCGAAAGAACCUAAGCAGUGACAGUGGUGCAAGAGGGUAAGCCCAAAAUACCCUAUAAUGCAGUUAUAAACUAUAUAGAGGCAGAGGAAAAUAUUGAUGCAUUCCUCUAGGAUUUUGAAAAACAAUGUGCCCUACAUAAAAUUGAUGUUGAUGACUGGGUCCCCCUGUUGGCAAGCAGACUGUCAGAGAGAGCAGCGGAAGCUUACAGACUAAAUAAGAAAUUAUAGCCGAGUAAAGGAGGUAAUACUCGCCAGGUAUGCCAUCACGCCAGAGGCAUACCUCAGGCGGUUCAGAGAACUGAUAAGGGCAGAUAAAGAUUCCCAUGCUGAAUGGGCCUGCCGACUACACCGAGUCGAACUGGGGUGGGUGUAAAGCACCUCCCAGGCAAUUUAAUAACGCUACUGCCCCACAGCCUCGCUUCCACCUGCAAAACCACAUCCAGUGCCACCUCUGUUAAAAGAUGGGGCAUAUGCGCAGGGAUUGCCCCCAGAACCGAGACCGGGCACCAUGGAUCCGCCAGAGCCGCAGUACACUACUACCAGGCAGAGUCUCCGACCCAGUAUGCUGUCCCUACCCCAAACUGGGAAGUCAUGCACGAAGCAGACCCACUACAGGCCAACGCAGAUAACGGGCAACAUCAUCGGCAGAGAGUAAUCUUGUCAGGGAAGGGGUCCAAGGGGUCCGAUAUACAGGAGCCAUGCUUACCUUGGUAAAAAGCCACUUGGUGCCGAGCGCUGCAAAGACGAAGAAUACAGUGGCAGUACGGAUAGCCGGGGGAAAAAGUAUACUGGCUGCCUACUGCCCGGGUACAUUUGAAUUGGGGAGCAGGGUCUGGAGUGGUGGAGGUGGGGUUGAUGCCGGAGCUGCCGGCCGAAGUACUGUUGGGGAAUGACCCGGGGAGGCUCACGUCAGCUUUUGAGCCCCAGGCAUCACCGGAGGAAUUGUACCCGGUAGUCACCAGGCAACAAGCCCGCACCCGAGACCACAGCUCACACCCGGAGGCUCAAGUAAGAGAUUAAUUCCCGCCCCUAGAGUAUUUGCCCUGGGAUGCGCCCACUGAGUUUGGGAAUGAGGUGACCACAGACCCCAUGUUACAGGCAGGGUUAGAGGGAGAGAGAUAUGUGUGGGAUAAGGGACUGUUAUACAGGGAGUCUGAGAGUUUAGUGGCUGGGUCGGAACCGAUCCCCACUAGGCAGUUAGUGGUACCCCAGAGGAACCGACAGGAGCUGCUACAGAUAGCGCACGGCAUCCCGCUAUCCGGGCUUUUAGGGGUGAGCUGAAACAGAUAUCGGCUUACCCAAAACUUAUUUUAGCCUGGGAUUUCUCUGGAUAUUAGGGGGUAUUGCCAGACAUGCGAUACUUGCCAGAGAGUCGGUAAGCGGAAAAACCGCCGCAAGGCCAAGGUCCACCCUCUCCACAUAAUUGAGGUACCGUAUAGCCGAAUAGUGGUAGACCUGUUGGGACCCUUAGCUAAGCCUAGCCCCUCCGGCAAGUAAUAUAUCUUGACAGUGCUGGACUACUCUAUCAGGUACCCAGAGUUGGUGGCACUGGCCAACAUACAUGCUGAAAAGGUAGCGGAGGCCCUGAUGCGAAUCUUCUCCCGCAUGGGAUUCCCCCGGGAGAUAGAGUUGGAUCAGGGCACCCAGUUCACCGCCGAGGUCACACACCACUUCUGGAGGUUCUGCGGCAUUAAGCCCAUUGUGAGCUCCUCUUACCACCCCCAGACCAACGGUCUCUGUGAACGGUUUAACAAAACUUUUAAACAUGCUCCAGGCGUUCACUGCGACUCACCAAGACUGGGAGAGAUUCAUGCCGCACCUCCUUCUUGCUUACCGGGAGGUGCCGCACGAGUCCACAGGAUUCUGCCUAUUCGAAGCUACUAUUUGGGAGGUGGGUGAGGGGGCCCCUAGACCUUAUCCGAGAGUACUGGAAGGGGAAUAUUAGCCAGGAUGGGACCCCCAUCAUUCCAUAUGUGCUGGAGUCCGUGACCGUCUGGAGGACUUGACUAGGUCUGUCCGAGAGAACCUCCAGUUGGCGAAGAACCGCCAGCGCACCUGGUACGAUCGAGGGGCCAGAGACCGUAGUUUCAGGUAGGGCUGAAAGUUUUAAUUUUAAAACCUGUCCGGUAUGACAAGCUGCAGGUCCCAUACAAAGUGGUGGAGCAAAAGUGCCACCCCACUUAUGUGAACAUGCUGAAGCCCUACAAUGAGAGAGCAGAGGAGGUGGCAGCGAUCUGUGCCCCUGCCUCUGAGAACUUUGACAACCUCCUAGGGGAUGGAAGCCAGUCAGAUGCGAUAGAGGAGGUCAAAUUGGGAGACCCUCAGGAGCGGAUCGAGGUACAGCAGCUAUUAGAGGAGAAGAAAACCACCUUCUCCAGCGUACCUGGGUAAACUCCUUUGGCUUCUUACCGGGUAGAGACACCAGGUCAACUCCCAUUGCGCCAACCCCCGUACCGAAUCCCAGAAUCGGUGCAGGAAAGUAUGCAAAAGGAGAUCCAAGAGAUGUUCCGACUGGGGGUUAUUGAGCCCUCUGACAGCCCCUUUGCCUCCCUAAUAGUAGUCCUCGUACCGAAACGGGAUGGUACGAUCCAUUUCUGCAUAGAUUACCCAAAGUUGAACUAUAAGACCGUGUCAGAUGCCUAGGAUAGAUGAGCUCUUAGACCAGAUGGCUAGGGGCCAAUACCUCACUACAACUGAUCUUUUUAAGGGAUAUUGGCAGAUCCCCCUAGCUCCCGAAGCCAUCCCUAUGUCGGCGUUUGUCACCCCAUUCGGUCUGUACCAUUUUAAGGUCAUGCCGUUUGGGAUGAAAAACUCUCCAACUACAUUCCAGAAGAUGUUGGACCAACUCCUGGAUGGGUUCCAAGACUAUGCCUCGACGAUAUCGCCAUCUUUAGCGAUACCUUGCAGGAGCACUUGUCCCAUAUAAGAGCAGUCCUAGAUCGGAUCAGGGAAGCGGGCUUAAGCCUAGCAAAUGUAACAUAGGCAUGGCCAAGGUAAAGUACCUUGAUCACCGAGUGGGAUGAGGGCAACAGAAGCCCGAGCCCACUAAGAUUGAGGCAGCGGCCAACCCCCAGGACGAAGACACAGGUGUUAGCUUUUUAGGGACAGCAGGGUACUAUAGGAAGUUUGUGCCCAAUUAUAGUGCCCUGUCCAAACUCUUUACUAACCUGACCCGUAAGAAUCUUCCCAGCCCAGCAGACUGGGCCCCGUAGUGUGAGCAGGCAUUCCAACUGUUAAAACAAGCACUUGUAAAUGCCCCCCUCAUGGCCGCCCCCAAGCCAACUAUACUUUCUCGUCCAUACAGACGAUUCUAUGUUUGCAUUGGGAGCAGUACUGAGCCAAGCUGUGCCUGAUGGCAGAGAACAUCCCGUUGCUUACAUUAGUCGCAAGCUGUUACCUCGAGAAGGAAUGCCUGGUGUGGGCCCUGAAAAAGUUGCAACCUUAUUUAUACAGACAGCCCUUUGCUCAAGGAUCACAACCCGUUGGUCUGGUUAAACCGGGUGGCGGGAGACAAUGCCAGGCUGCUGCGCUGGAGUUUGGAGCUGCAGCCCUUUGACUUCACUAUACAUUAUCGGCCCCGGAAACAGAACGGAUUUGCUGACGGGUUGUCGAGAUAGACAGAAUUGGAAAAAGGAUCCGUGAGCACUCCCAAAUAUCCCCAAGCCGAUCCGUGGAGGAUCAGACUGUGUAUGCUGACUUGUGAUUACGGGGAGCAGUGUAGCAGAAUGGACAUUUGCAAGCUACUUUUUAUUCCCUAUAUUGGGUGUCCGUAUCUUCCCCCCUGUUAUUUAGUGUGUUUUGCUGGUUAUUUUGUGUGGUUCUUCUUUGGCCAUUCGAGAGACUUCAUAUGCACGGAAUCCAUUCGUCUCCUGAGCAAGGACCACCCCUGUACCCCAUUAGAACGUUAACACCAACCACUUAAGUGCGAAACCGCAAGGGAAACAAUUAAUGAAUGCUCUCCUGGGUGGCCGCCAUUUUGUAUAACCGAACACGUGGCUUGUCAGUUUUCCUGAACAGGGGGAGCAUUCGUACUGUGAAAGCAAGAUAUUCCCUUGUAUGGUUUUUGCACAGGAACCUCACAAACUGAGACCAGCCAGGGCACCUAUUCUCCUGGAACUAUUUUCGACUACCACCUCAUGUCUUGCCAGUCAAAAGUUCCACACGAACUGAUCUGAGUGAUUCUUGGAUAUGUUGGUCACUCAGAUCGGGUUAUGAGGAAGUGUACUUUUUGUGGGGUCCUAUGUAUGGUUGGGAGACGUUUGGGGUACACAAUAUUUUUGGGAUUUGUUUUGUGCUGAGAGAUAAUUAAAUUGAAGGAGUUUACUCAGGAAAUUAUCUCUCAGGCACAAGGGAUGCUGGGAUUGAAACCCUUGCACUUCUGUAUGUGAAAUGGCAUAAAAGCCAUGUAUGUGUGAAUAAAAAUACCCCCAGAGCUGAGUGUCGUCCAGUGGCUGGGGAUGAGGUGGGAGAUUCCUGGAUUAUUUUACGGUGUCUGGCUGUUCCAUUGGAGUGUUUUACGUGUUCCUGAGUAUAUCUUCGAGUAACCAGGGGAGGAGAGUCCCUGCUAGGACUAGGGCUCUGCUACAAAUAUUAUAUUUUUACAAAACCACUUUGUAUCUCGAAUAGUGGUGCAAUUUCACCAAAAGCCACAAGGUGUCACUGUAACACCACAAUUGACUUAAAAGUCUAGGAAAAGUUUAUUGUAUAUAUCAAAACAUGAACAAUGAGUACGUUUACAGAUCUCUAACUGGCUGCACUUGCUACCCAUCUUGCUCUACUGGACCUAUUCAGUAACUGGCAAAAUCAGCGCCAAGGUCAUGUACUGUGCCUGGUUAGUUACUGGCCAACUCAUAUCACAGGACAUCUACUGCCCCUAUUUAGUAACAAGCUGUGUAUGCUCAUUUUACAUCUAAUAGGUCUGGUCAGUAACUGACAGCUAUCCUGUGUUUUCAUCAGCCAAGCCUGGUUGGUAACUGGCUGUCCCUGCGCACUGUACAUUUGCUAGUUCUAAUCCGUCUGCGCUGUGUAUAGGUCAUUUACUGAGCCUGGAUAAUAAAGGGACACACUGCAGGCACUGUAACUGCUUCAUCAGCUGAAGUGGUUAUAGUUUUUAGGAUCCCAUGGCACUGUCAUUCUGUUUUUAUUGUUUUAAUGCUCAACGAGAUUUCCCAGCAGCCGACCCCCCCCCCCCCUUUCUGUGAAGGGCUGCUAGUAAGGAAGCAUUAGCCUGAGCAGCAAUGGGUUGCAUUGAUUGGCUGAGAUUAUCAGCUGACUGUUUCCAACCUAUAACAGCACCCAUUGCUGGAAGGAAGUGUAUAAUCUCUCCCUUAGCAACAUCUUACAGUGGGGGCCAGGCUGCGGGUGGACAGAGACCCCCAUUCAGUUUUAAACUACUCCAAAAUGGUUUGGACAGUGUCAGGGGACCUAAGGCACUAUAAUGGAUUCAGUGAGAUUAAAUGGUUAUAGGACCUACACUGUCCCUUUAACUGGAUACCAUUGCUCAGUGUGCAACCACUGGACCUCAUUAGUAAAUGGCUGACUCAGUUCUUUGGUCAUUGUAUCACUGCUCUCCUGGAUUCAUUUCAUGUGUUGAUAUGAUUGUCGUUACUUUGUAUCAUCCAGCAGAUAAACCUGACAACCUCUCCUCAAAUCAUCAGUCGAACGCAGUCUGGCAGCUCCACGCCAGCUUCAGCCUCCGGUGUAACUCAACAGGCUGUGCUUGUCGGAAACGCCACAUCACCCGCGCUAUCCGCUAGCCAGGCCCAGAUGUAUCUACGCGCGCAGAUGGUAAACUCCAGAAGUGAUGGAAAGCCAUAAUAGCAGAUCAUGAGGACAUUGAGAAUACUAGGAUCCUAUUCGUGUUUCCAUCUCCAUUUUGAAUUAAUCACGUUCACAACAUUAUUUGCUGAAGUGAGAAAUUCAAAGUGAAUUCAAGGUCAAUUUAAAGUCAAAAUAGAUGAACUGGAAAAAUUCUCCAAUUCGGCAAUGCUUUCAGUUUGGCUACUCUGGCCUUAAAUUUGAAAUGACUCUUUAAUUUCUCACAUUAGUAAAUAACACUGUUUGUCUCCUACAAGCUACAUUCAUGGAGGAAAUCCAUUCCACAGCAUUAAAACGCCAAAUCCAACACUGAUCCAAAUUCCUGUCUGGCAUCUGUUAAGGAUUGUCAUAUUUUCCCAGUUUAAUCCAGAUCACAUUGAAGUGGUAGUUAGCCACACACAAGCAAAGUUAUAGGAAGAGCAAUAACAAGUAUAAUGUAGGGAGGGAGGGAAUGAUGCAAGUAUAAUGUAGGGAGGGAGGAAAUGAUGCAAGUAUAAUGUAGGGAGGGAGGGAAUGAUGCAAGUAUAAUGUAGGGAGGGAGGAAAUGAUGCAAGUAUAAUGUAGGGAGGGAGGGAAUGAUGCAAGUAUAAUGUAGGGAGGGAGGGAGGGAAUGAUGCAAGUAUAAUGUAGGGAGGGAGGGAGGGAAUGAACCUGUUACUUGAUGGGAAUGUGGAGACUUUCAGUGCUUGUGUGUGAAGACUAACACAGCUAUUUACUGAAGUGAGAAUUGCUGGGAAUUCAAAGACCAAAAUAGCCAAACUGAACCAUGAAUUAGUUUUUUUCUAAAAUUGACAAGUUUAGCCUAAAGUUUGACAUUCACUUUGUAUUCCCUGCAGUUCUCACCUUAGUGAAUAACCUUGUCAGUGUAUCAAUUAUUACCUCCUGCACCUACAUUUAAUCUCCCCUAGUGGGUAGGUUAGACAAUGUUUGGGAAAUUAUGUUGUUGGGCAGUCAUUAAAUGGUUGUUUUUAUUAGUUCACUGGCCCAGGGUUCUCUCUGUCUCCCAUUCUCUGCCCAGUUAAUGAACUAGCUGUUCAACUGACCCAUUCCCUGCCCUGUAACGGAAGUAGCCGUGCAACUGACCCAUUCUCUACACCCAGUUAUUAAAUUAGCCGUGCGACUGACCCAUUCUCUGCCCAGUUAUUAAAUUAGCCGUGCGACUGACCCAUUCUCUACACCCAGUUAUUAAAUUAGCCGUGCGACUGACCCAUUCUCUACACCCAGUUAAUGAACUAGCCGUACGACUAACCCAUUCUCUGCCCAGUUAAUGAACUAGCAAUGUAACUGACCAAUUCUCUACACCCAGUUAAAAAAUUAACCAUGCCACUAACCCAUUCUCUGCCCAGUUAAUGAACUAGCCGUGUGACUGACCCAUUCUUUACACCCAGUUAUUGAACUAGCCAUGCGACUGACCUAUUCUCUGCCCAGUUAAUGAACUAGCCGUGAGACUGACCCAUUCUCUACACCCAGUUAUUGAACUAGCCAUGCGACUAAACCAUUCUCUGCCCAGUUAAUGAACUAGCCAUGCGACUGACCCAUUCCCUGCCCAAUUAAUAAAUUAGCCGUGCUCUGCCCAGUUAAUGAACCCAUUCUCUGCCCAGUUAAUGAACUAGCCAUGCGACUGACCCAUUCUUUGCCCAGUUAAUGAACUAGCUGUAGAGAUGUAGUUGUCAGGUGACUGACCCAUUCUCUACAACCAGUUAAUAAACUAGCCAUGUGACUGACCCAUUCUCUACACCCAGUUAAUAAACUAACAGUGCGACUGACCCAUUCUCUGCCCAGUUAAUGAACUAGCCGUGUGACUGACCCAUUCUCUACACCCAGUUAAUGAACUAGCCAUGCGAGUAACCCUUUCUCUGCCCAGUUAAUGAGGUAGCCGUUUAACUGACCCAUUCUCUGCCCAGUUAAUAAACUAGCCGUACGACUAACCCAUUCUCUGCCCAGUUAAUGAACUAGCUGUGUAACUGACCCAUUCUCUACACCCAGUUAAAAAACUAGCCAUGCGACUAACCCAUUUUCUGCCCAGCCGUGUGACUGACCCAUUCUCUACACCCAGUUAUUGAACUAGCCAUGCGACUAAACCAUUCUCUACACCCAGUUAUUGAACUAGCCAUGCGACUAAACCAUUCUCUACACCCAGUUAUUGAACUAGCCAUGCGACUAAACCAUUCUCUGCCCAGUUAAUGAACUAGCCGUGCGACUGACCCAUUCCCUGCCCAAUUAAUAAACUAGCCGUGCAACUGACCCAUUCUCUGCCCAGUUAAUGAACUAGCCAUGCGACUGACCCAUUCUCUGCCCAGUUAAUGAACUAGCCAUGUGACUGACCCAUUCUCUACAGCCAGUUAAUAAACUAGCAGUGCGACUGACCCAUUCUCUGCCCAGUUAAUGAACAAGCCGCGUGACUGACCCAUUCUCUGCCCAGUUAAUGAACAAGCCAUGCUACUGACCCAUUCUCUACACCCAGUUAUUGAACUAGCCAUGCGACUAAACCAUUCUCUGCCCAAUUAAUGAACUAGCCGUGCGACUGACCCAUUCUCUACACCCAGUUAUUGAACUAGCCAUGCGACUAAACCAUUCUCUGCCCAGUUAAUGAACUAGCUGUGCGACUGACCCAUUCCCUGCCCAAUUAUUAAACUAGCCGUGCAACUGACCCAUUCUCUGCCCAGUUAAUGAACUAGCUGUGCGAAUGACCCAUUCUCUACAACCAGUUAAUAAACUAGCAGUGCGACUGACCCAUUCUCUGCCCAGUUAAUGAACAAGCCGUGUGACUGACCCAUUCUCUACACCCUGUUAAUGAACUAGCCGCGCAACUAACCCAUUCUCUGCCCAGUUAAUGAACUAGCCGUGCGACUGACCGAUUCCCUGCCCUGUAACUGAACUAGCCUUACGACUGACCAGUUCUCUACUGCCAGUUAUUAAACUAGCCGUGUGACUGACCCAUUCUCUACACCCAGUUAAUGAACUAGCCAUGCGAGUAACCCUUUCUCUGCCCAGUUAAUGAAGUAGCCAUGUAACUGACCCAUUCUCUACACCCAGUUAAUAAACUAGCCGUACGACUGACCCAUUCUCUGCCCAGUUAAUGAACUAGCCGUGUAACUGACCCAUUCUCUACACCCAGUUAAUAAACUAGCCAUGCGACUAACCCAUUCUCUGCCCAGUUAAUGAACUAGCCGUGUAACUGACCCGUUCUCUACACCCAGUUAAUAAACUAGCCAUGCGACUAACCCAUUCUCUGCCUAGUUAAUGAACUAGCCGUGUGACUGACCCAUUCUCUACAUCCAGUUAUUGAACUAGCCAUGCGACUAACCCAUUCUCUGCCCAGUUAAUGAACUAGCCGUGUGACUGACCCAUUCUCUACACCCAGUUAUUGAACUAGCCAUGCGACUGACCCAUUCCCUGCCCAAUUAAUAAACUAGCCGUGCGACUGACCCAUUCUCUGCCCAGUUAAUGAACUAGCCAUGCGACUGACCUAUUCUCUGCCCAGUUAAUAAACUAACCAUGCCACUGACCCAUUCUCUGCUUAGUUAAUGAACUAGCCGUGUGACUGACCCAUUCUCUACACCCAGUUAUUGAACUAGUCAUGCGACUAAACCAUUCUCUGCCCAGUUAAUGAAGUAGCUGUUCAACUGACCCAUUCCUUGCCCUGUAAUGGAACUAGCAGUGUGACUGAUCCAUUCAAUGCCCAGUUAAUGAACUAGCCAUGCGACUGACCCAUUCCCUGCCCAGUUACCGAACUAGCCGUACGACUGACCCAUUCUCUGCUUAGUUAAUGAACAAGCCGUGUAACUGACUCAUUCUCUACACCCAGUUAAUGAACUAGCCGUGCGAGUCACCCAUUCUCUGCCCAAUUAAUGAAGUGGCCAUGCGACUAACCCAUUCUCUACACCCAGUUAAUGAACUAGCCGUGCGCCUGACCCUUUCUCUGCCCAGUUAGUGAUUAGCUGUGCGACUGACCCAUUCUCUGCCCAGUUAAUGAAUUAGCCGUGUGGCUGACCCAUUUUCUGCGCAGUCAAUUAAUUAGCUGUUCAACUGACCCAUUCUGUGCAGUAGCUGUUUGGGAAUUUAUACAUUCAUUGUAACUUCAGGGAUCAGCUGUAACCUUUUGCAGUUUGCUAAUAUCCUAGGACAUUCUGUUCUUUUAUCCCUUAGCUGAUCUUCACACCUACUGCAACCGUGACUAGUGUCCAGUCCGAGAUCAAUGCAGGAUCCAGCUCUCAAACCCCAAUCUGCAGUAGCCAGGUAAAUAUCUCUCUAAAUUCCAUUACUAAACUAUGAAUUCCAUGGAGGCGAUAAAACACAAACAACACGAUGCAAUCUGUAAAUAUCUCCUGUCCUGCAAGAGAAAGCGGAGACUUUACAGUGUUCAGCCAUCAGUCAAUUCCAUAAUACAAUCCUAUCAUACAUUAUUGGCGUGACAAGUGAGAAGAACUUCUGCUAUAGCUAAAUUAUGCAUUUUCCCCAUGGCCCCUUCCUACAAACCUACUCCUCUACCCAGAUAGAGCUGGCAUUCCCUCCAACAGAUUACCCGUGACGUCAUGAUGACACUAACUGUAGCCAGACUCCUGCUUGGUAAAGCUAUAUUCUUCAUUUCAUCAAACUCAUUUUGUAUUCCUGCGCCACCUCGCCUUCCAAUCACACAGGUGCCUUGCGAGGUCAUGGUGCAGAUGUUGCCCUUUGUGUUUCAGGUCCAGAAUCUCGCAAUGCGAGGAAAACAUGUUACAACAGCCGGAGCUCUGAGCACCCAAUCUCACCUUCCCAGCCUCGCCAUGAAGCCGCCCUCAAGCAACAUCAGCCUCCAAACGGUCAGCAGCUCCGCUCACACUAAGCCUGCUGGACAUGUGCUCCUACCAGCGGUGCGAGGAGGCCCCGGUGACACAUCAGACACUCACAAGAAGAUGGAAAGCCAGACUGCAGAUACCAGAGGGAUGACAAACCACAGGCCUUUGGUUCCUGUCACUGCACACUCCAUCAUUUCUCCAGGUAACUGCCUGUUAAACCUCCAAAGGAGAAUCCGCCUGUUAGAUACCUAAUCCAUAUUGUCUCUGAAAAGCAGGCAUUCUCGAGUCCUGGAAACCCAGGAUAGAAAGGCUGUGAAUUCCACCUCCCUCUCUGCCUGUAUGUCAGUCUUGCUUGAAACAUUUUCCUUUCCUUACGGCCAGGUCUUUCUUUUCUUUGUGUAUCUCUAGAAAUGAGAGGUUUUGUAAUCAGAAUAAUGAACUAAAUGUGGGGGCCUUCCCAGGUAUGGGCUAGGACUGUCGUAGGUGAGAUACAUAACUGGGUCACUUGGUCACAGUGAUGAAUUCAGUCUUCCCUCUUGCGAUGGAGAGGCAGUUGUCAUGGCAACUAUUUUCAAUCCUGAAUAAAUAAAUGAGCAGCACUCAAACCAAGAUUUUGUCAUUGUUUCCACUAGCAGGAACGCACCUAUGAUAAUACGCCAGUGAAUAUGGAGAAAAAAUAAAAUGCGAACUACAAUAGCAUUCACUUUAUUCAUCAACCCGAGUGCUGUUACCUUUCUAGAUUGCUGGUUGAAGACUUCACCUACAGUAGGACAGAGUGGGGUAGAUCUAGCAUGUUAUAGAUCCUUGGUAAGAGCCUAUGUCAAGUCCUGUGUUCAGCUCUAUAACACCUAGAGUAAUGGUGAUCACACUAGAUAGACCACUUGUAAAGUCCAUAGAUUGACCUAAUUUCUACGAGAUGGAGGUAUCAGUCUUCACAAGCUCUCCCACUACCAUCAGCAUGUUGCUCUUUCCUAAAAACUCUAUCCUCCAACUCCCUUAAAAAGCUGAGCCAGCCUUCCCUAGAACCCAAACACUCCCAGCCAGCCAUGGAACUUUCAGCUGAUGUGAUAGAUCUUCAUGAUCUGUAACCCUGAAAUUUCAGCCUGGGAGCUACCCUUUCACCAUACAUACUUCAAACAUGAAUCCAGAAAGUUCAAGAUGUCUCAUUGCAUUUUUUCAGGCACAGUUUAAUCCUCCCUAACUCAUACUUCAUAAUGCAUUAAAAAGCGUAUUUCUUUCUGACAGCCUACACACAUCAGUUGAUGCAGCAAAAACAGAUUCAGCACCAGUUUGUCAUUCAGCAGCAGAUCCAGCCUCGCCCUGUCCUCCCUGUUGCUCAGAUCAGCUCCCCGCUGCAGCCUCUCAACCACCAGCCGCAGGUGGGUCAGUGUGUCAGCGCCCCCCCAGUGACAUCCCAGGCUCCACCGAAUCCGAUCUCAACAUGUGUGGAGACGGGUGGACAGAGGCCCAGCUCCGCAGUUCAGAUGCCUGCUGCCCAGGCCUGCGCUGGCUUGUCUGGGAGGAUCCUACAGGAAGGGCACAAGUCCACAUUGCAUUGCCAGCCUCUCUCGCAAAAUUCAGCCGUUAUUCUUCAUAUUCAGGCACCUACAGGGGCGGUAAGUGCACAAUAGGAAGCAUAUAUAGUGUGUUUACUGAUUGCCUUCCUAGGGGUUUAGUUACUAUAAUAUUGAAUUGUACUGAAUUGAAACCCAAAUUGCAACAUUUAGGCCAAAAUAGCUCAUGUGAAGAAAAGUCUCCAACACGUGUAUGAUCGCCACUAUAUUUCUCAUUUCAAUUUUCAAUGCACUGCAAUUCAGUGUUUAGUGAAUUACACUUCUCAUUUUAAAAACCAGACUCUCUCACAGAUCACUUGUUAUGCCAAGAGUAAACUUGGCAAUAGCUUAUUAUAUUACUCUCUAUAAUCUUGUUAAACCCAACAAUAUAUCUCUGUUUAUAUGCCAAUGCUAACUAUAGCAAUAUCUAUAUACCAAUAUUAAACCAAGUAAUAUCUUACUGCCCUCCAUCUCGGUGUUAGACAUGCCAGCAUUAAAUAUAGCAAUAUCUAUAUACCAGUAUUAAACCAAGUAAUAUCUUACUGCCCUCCAUCUCGGUGUUAGAUAUGACAAUUUCUGACAAUCUCCCCUCUCCCCCCCCAUGCCAGCAUUAAAUAUAGCAAUAUCUAUAUACCAAUAUUAAACCAAGUAAUAUCUUACUGCCCUCCAUCUCGGUGUUAGAUGUGACAAUAUCUUACUAUCCUCCACAUGCCAGUGUUCAAUGUGGCAAUAUAUUAAUACCCUCUGAUGCCAGUGUUAAAUUUGGCAAUAUCUUACUAUCCUCCACAUGCCAGUGUUCAAUAUGGCAAUAUAUUAAUACCCCGUGAUGCCAGCAUUAAAUAUAGCAAUAUCUUACAGAUUCUCCCUUUAUACCAAUAUUAAAAAAUAUAUUAUUAGGAGAUAUUGGCAGUGUAAAUAAUGCAUUUCAUUUCCCAUCUGAUUAUAAAAAUGUGUUUUAUGUUUCAAUCAGUGUCCUGGACAGACAGUAAAUUAUGUUCAUUUUGCCGUUGUGUAGUCACACACGAUCAGAAAUUCACUUCAUUAAAAUCAAUGUCUCGUCUCACAGACACCACCACCACCGGACGACACUACGAAGCACAACACUCUGCCACCAAAGAAUGUGUCUGUUAAUCCAUCUUUAAUUCACGUAUCCCGGGACUUACCGUCUCCAUCUCAACCCACCGUCGGCAUUACAGAAACCUCAGAACAGAGCAGAUCCUUGCCAAAUGGUAACGUAUCAUGAUAUAUUGAAUAUAUUCUAUAAGAAAUAUACUACUCAGCCAGAGCCCGAAAAACUCAUGGUGGAGAAAGUUAAUUUUUUUUUGGUUCAGGUGGUGGUGGGAAAAAUAUUGUUUAGUGGACAGUUAUUGUACUAAACAGGAUUAUUCACUAAACUGUACAGUUUCAGGAAUUCAGGGUGAAUUCAUAGAGAAUUUCACAUUCAGGCCAAAUAGAUGGAGGUGAAAUCACAGCUGAAAGUAUAUGAUUUCAUAAUCAUAUUAACAGGGCUUAAAAUGGAAACUCCCAGGUUACAAACCAGUCCUUAAACAUACAUUUAUAUGUAUUAUACAGUUUCUAUAUUAUUAUACAAAUGAUCUGAUAUAUACGUGGAUUUUGCCCUUAUAUGCUACAUAAUCACUGCAGACCCUUAAUUCACAGUAAUUAUGUUCGCUCGGAUUCACGGUGAUGAUGUAAUUUUGUGACUUGGCUGAUGGAGGGGAAAGAUUUUGCCUGCUUGUUCAGAGCUCUAAGCACUCUCGCAGAUAGGAUGUUCUCUGGAUCACUUCCUGAGUGUGUGUUUAAAACUCGGAUGCUUGUUCCAUUAUCAUACUAGCAUUCUUACCAACAGUUACAACUUUGGUGGGACAGUUCCAUUUUCAGACCCUUUUCCUGCUGUCUACAAACGCAGAACACUAUACAUAUGUUUUGUGAGACACUAGGUUUAAGCAUGCUCGGCCCAUAUCAGUUCUCUGGGUGUGCUACAUUGCUUGUUUGCCUAGCCUGGCAUGUAUAAUAUGCCUCCUUUAUGGCAAAACCUGCCAUUAGUAAUGCAGACAGCCUCACGGGCAAUGCUAGUCCUACCUCCGCGUUCCAUGUCCAUCCUCUGCAGGUUCGUUUCUUCCCCCAACUCCACGGGGACUGCAGCCUUGGCCCAUAAAUGGAGUGAUUUGUAAAGAUAUUUAAUAAACCGAAAAGUGGUGCAAUCACCUCCGAAACCAACGGACCACCAGGAGGAUUCUAUUUUCCAAUGUGAUUGCUCUAAACUGUUUUUCCCAGCAAAUCCCUAAGUUAUGAACACCAGCAGGGAUCCAUGACAGCAACUCCGUCCACCUGAAUCUCCCUCACCCUGGACUAGUCCAGCAUGCGUGCCAUGACGAUGAGCUCAUUGUCUUACAGCCAAGCAGUUUACAUGAUGUUAAUGCCCUGUACACCCAAGAGAUCUGGGGAGUACAUUGAAUGAAGCAUGUUCACAAUGCAAUAAAGUUUACAUGUGGAAAGUGAGUACUUAACAUUUUAGACUUUUUCCUGUUUUAAUUAAGAACAUGUGGGUCUUGAACUGCCAUUUUUCUCCGUGACAUAAAUUGAAAAACAUUCCUAUGGCUGAAAGGUUCCUACCUACCUCUCAUCGACGUGACACUAACAGCCCAUGUUUGGGGGUGACUGAAUGAAGAGUAUGCCAGGAGUGUCAACCAGGCACUGUGAUCAUGGAGCUUAAAUGGUCAUUUCAGACCCCUAAAGCCCUUUAGUUUGCUGAAUUGUUUGAAGAGUGUGGCCUGUUUUUUUCAGCUUGCAAAAAGUGCAGAUUUCAAUAGAAAUUCACAAUUAUAUAAAUGAACCUUGUUACACCUCACCCCCUGAAUGUCAAUCAGACAACUGUUACUUCCUGGUUUGGUUAGCUCAGUGGAGCUAAACUCAAGAGGCAGCAAUUGCCCAAAGCACCUGCCUUGCAAAGACUUCUCAUUGAGCUGCAUUGGGAAGUCUGUGAUUGGACAGCCACAGAAAGUCUGGGCGGGGUUAGAAGGUGAGGCUGCAGACAAGAGAUCUGUAGCUUUCAUGAGCAUUUUUUAGAUAUACCCUCAAUGAAAAAAAUGCAUAUUUAAAUGGCUGCAUGUUUUCAUGUAUUAUCUACUAAAUGGUGAUUUUUAUUUUGGGCACUGGAGUGUCCCUUUAAUAUCCAGCAUCCUAGGUCAGCCGCUAAACACCGAAGAGUCACUCUUGCAUGAAAUGCAUCGUUGGCGCUGCAAAAACCAUCGUAUUUAUUCCUAUUUCUAUGCAAAUCGAUAUGUGUCAGUAUCCGGAGUGAUACUAAUUGCAGCAGUCCUGAUGGUCUAAUAAUCAGAAAUUCUACGUUUUCUUCAUGGCAGCAGAGGGUGUGGGCUGUGGGUGUUGGAGCAGCACACUAUGAUUUGGAUAAGGAGACGGAUAGCUCCCAAAUCCUUAUUGCACCACAACCACUGCAGUGAGCUGUAAUGACUAUGGCGCGUGGCGCGCGUUCUUAAUUUGGAGUUUCGCCUUUCUUUCUGUCUGAAACACAAAUCUGCAGCUUUUACACCCCACUGAAAAUACAGCUCUGCGUGUCUUAUUAUAAUGAAAACCAAAUGUUUUAUUCAUCAGUAAAAUAGUAAUUUAAGAAACCCAGGUGUAAAUUUUUAGAUGUAAUUGUUUACAGUUGUUUUUCCCAACAAAGACUCCAUUUGUUUUGUGUUUUACAAUAUGAUCAAAAAAGAAAAAAACACGUGCAGUUUCAGAACAGGUGUUUAGAUUGUAAGCUCUCCAGAACAGGAAUAUGUGUAUGUUAUAUUCCAUACAGUGCUGGACAUUGCUGGCAUUUUAUAAAUAUUUUGAAACAUUAGAUGGAAUAUCUGCUGUUCAUUAGUCAGGUAGACUGUGAGCUGUUCACAAGUUAAUAAAUCCAUAAUAAAACAAACAGUCACAUUGCAGAAUCAACCAAGAUGGGAAUAAAGUGUUAGAUCCUGCACGGGGAAUAAUUAGCAUACGGCAGCCCCUUGGGCACAUCAGGGUUAAUUAAAUCUGGAUUUAAAUGGAGGCCUCUGGCACCUCGUGUGUGCUCCCCAGGGCUCCAUGGAAGAAGUUCUGUGAGAUAUGUGUGCUUUGUUAGCGGCACAAUGCUGCCCGUGAAUCUAAUCUAGAGGAAUGUGGAGUGAAGGAUGAUCAGGAGCAUCAAGCUGGCAAACUGAUUCACUUGCUCUUAAAGCUGGUACAAUGCUAGGGCACUCCCCCAACUGUCCUGAACUGUGCCACCCAUCCAUGGCACUGUGUUUCCUCCCACUGGAGGCCGGGGUUAGUUGCACCUGUCAGGGGCAGUAUGUGCUCCUCCUACCCUCCUGUGUGGAGGUUGCUCCACACAAGAGGGUAGGAGGAGCACAUACUGCACAUUGCUGUUACCAGUCAGCUAGUGGGUUCAUGCCCACACUGUCUGGUGAGACAGCAGCUACCCAUAAAUACUUGAUACUCUCACCCCCAGCAGUGUAACCCCAGUUAUGCACAUAUACCCUCAGUUGUGUUACCUGUAUAAUGCAUGUACACCCCACAGUGAUGCCAAGAAUGCUUCUCUCUCCUUUCUGACCCCAGUAUUGGCAAUGCACCACAAGCUUUGUGAACCCACAGUUGACCCUGCACCCCCAGUACUGUUCACUUAACAUAAGUAACAACUUAACAUACAACCCCCAUUAGACCCCAAUAAUGCACAUACAACCCCAGUAAUCUCACACCCAUCUGUGUGACCCCAAUAACGAUACAUCCAGCUGUCAGACCACAAUCAUAACCACACACCCAGCUGUGUGACCCCAAAAACCCUACAUCCAGCUGUGACCCCAAUAACUACACACCUUACUGUGUGCACACCUUACUGUGUGACCCCGAUCAUAUCCACACACACCCAGCUGUGACCCCAAUCAUAACCACACACCCAGCUGUGUGACCCCAAUAAUAACCACACACCCAGCUGUGUGACCCCAAAAAACAUAUACCCGGCUGUGUGACCCCAAUAAUAACCACACAUCUAGCUGUGUGACCCCAAUUAUAACCACACACCCAGAUGUGAGACCACAAUCAUAACCACACACCCAGCAGUGUCACCCCAAAAAACAUACAUCCAGCUGUGUGACCCCAAUUAAAACUACACACACCAAGCUAUGUGACCCCAAUAAUAACCAUAAUCCCAGCUGUGUGGCCCCUACAGAACACGUAACCUCCCUCACAGCGUGGCCCCAGUAAUGCAUCAUCAUAGCUGUUACUUAAAUAAUGCGCAUACACCCCAGUUUUGUAAUCCCACAAUAAUGCGCGCACACACUCAGUUUUGUGAUCCCCAUAAUGCACAUAUUCCCCCAGUUUUGUUAUCACCCAAUAAUGUGCAUACAGCUCAAGUUUUGUGAUCCCCAAUACACCCGCAAACCCCAAUAGUCCUCAUCCAGCCCCAGCUGUGUGAGCCUCCAUGCAGACACACAGGGACAGCUGGUAUUAUGGUAGAGCAGCUGCUCAUGUUUAGAGCUCCCUCCUCCCUCUUGUUUUCUUUUCAGAUUCUCCUCCCUGGCUAUGCCUGGGCUGUGGGAUUGGAGGAGGGAGUGAGGGGACGGGCAGCCCAGGCUCACUCAGGGGGAGCUUACAAAGACUGUGCUGCUCAUUCAUUGUCUCAUGGAAGCUGGGUGAGGGGGCCGUACAUGGACAAUGUGCCGGCUUUAGGAAGACAAGGCUGAGGCCUGUGAGUCCCAGGCAGUCUGGCUACAGAGGGCCACCCUGUCCCCUUCACCCUGUGAACAUAUCACAACAAAGGACCAUGCGGUGCCAGGUGACCACAUCGACAGGGGGCAUGGGACACUCCCCAUCAGACUACUGACCACCAAAGAUCCCUGCAGCUCAUCUGUGGAGUGUGAGUCCGGCUUACUGGAGUGCUGAGACUGAAGAUAGUGCAGACUCCAGGUUUGCCUCUUGUUUUGUCCCGUGUUCUGAAACACUGAACUGAUGCUGUUCUGGUAGAUUUUGGGACAUGCCCCAUGGUGUUCUGGGAGUUGAGUAUUUGGGACGCGUGUCAGGGAGUUUGCACAUGGUGCCUGGAUUGUUUACUUGGAAUGUUAAGGGAUGGGCUGCAGAUUAAUGACAGAAACUUCCUUAACAAGACCCCUCCCUACUUACUGCUGCCUAAAUGUGAGCACCUGCUCCAACUACCCCAUUAGUGAUGUUGAGAGUUGUGAUGGAUGUUCUCUGUAAGGUUUGAACAUUUCGCUGGUGACAAUUUACUUUUCUGUUAAGUUUUUGCUUCUGUAACCUAGAGGUGUAUGUGGUUUCCUACUUGUGGAUUGAAUGUUCUGCCCUGCAGCCUGUAAACUUCCUAGGGGUGCAAGAAAAAUGAAUGAUUCAGAAAAGGAUGGACUAAUUUAUUUAAUGAUUAGUGUGUAUCAUUAUACAGAGUGUAUUCCAGAUUAACUACCUUCUCUCCAGCCCUGUGUGAAUUCUCAAUACUGUGUGACAGCAUUCUUCAUGUAUUGCCCCACAGCAUGGAGUAGGGACAUUUGUUUAGGAAAUAUCUUGAUCCGCUGCGCUGUGAACUAGGAGAUCCAGGUUUGUAUGCUGUUGGGUGCUGCCUUGCAGUAUGCACAUUGUAUGUACUGCCAGAGGAUUUGCCGUGACUAUUUGAUUUCCAUCUUGUGGCAGAUGAACUGUAAAUGUUGCAGGGUGGCACAUUUCGUAUAGUGCCACUAUACGGCCGGGCAUAGUCUGUGUUUAUUGGCAGGCAGAUAUGACGGCUGUCAGGUGUUGUUACUAAUGUUUAAUCAUUCAUUUCUCUCCAAAUGGUAAAUAUUAAUCAUUUAUAAUGUGGGCGCUGCUCCUUCUGGGAUUGCAGUUAUUAAAAGGAUCGAAGCCUAAAUAUCUGUCAGGAUUAUUAACUAAAGUGAGAAUUCAAAGUCUGUUUCAAAUUUGGGUCAGAUUUACCCAAAGUGGAAAAAUGCUGUCAUCUAAGGAUUCAGGUGCUACUUUUUAUUGAAUAAGCCCUGUCUCUCUGUAAUUGUGAUUGCAUACUGGGUCCUUUCUGCGCUAUGUUUGCUGUUUUGGGGGGGAUUAUUUAGAACCUGGGGUGCACAUGUGUUAGAGGAAAUCAUGCGUGCUGAGUUCUUCCCUGUAGUAAGCAGCACUCCUGUACUGCAGCAGGAACACCCAAUAGCUACUCAAAGUAGGUCCAACUGAAGCAUAUGAAUUUGCUUCAGUUGGACUUUUAUGCACUCUCCCAAAGUGUGUCUAGGAAGAUGUGGUGGUUUGGCAAUUUUCAAAGCACAGUAGGGGUACCUGGCAUCUUUCAAACUGUUACUACCUAUGGUGUCUAGUAAGCCACUGUAUGUACUCUAGGCCCUCAAUAAAGCCACUGUAUGUAGUCACCUUAAACUCUAGCCCAAUAAAGCCACUGUAUGUAGUCACCUUAAACUCUAGCCCAAUAAAGCCACUGUAUGUAGUCGUCUUAAACUCUAGGGCCCCAAUAAAGCCACUGUAUGUAGUCGCCUUAAACUCGGGACCCCCAAUAAAGCCACCGUAUGCAGUAGUCUUAAACUCUAGGCCCCCAAUAAAGCCACCGUAUGCAGUAGUCUUAAACUCUAGGCCCCCAAUAAAGCCACCGUAUGCAGUCGCCUUAAACUCAGGACCCCCAAUAAAACUGUGAGUACUGGAGAAUUGCUGGGGCUUUCACCUGUCUAUUUGCUGAAGUAUAUUUUAGUUAUACCAAGUAAGGCCAAUGCAUACCUGACGUUCAAUAAAGCUCUGCCUAGGAGAUCAGAAAGUCCCUUUCUGUCAUUGUGGUCCUGGCACUUCUCGCAUCACAACAAAGUCAAUCUGUGGUUGGUUUGUUAUUUUUUUUUUUUUUGCAGAUAUUUCAGUCAUUAAAACCAUAAUCACUGUGAUCUCAGAAUAACGUCCCCACCACCCCAUUCCCUAAUGUCACCAUUUACUUCACACACAGCUGGAGCCACGGUUACAUUUCUUACAUGGCUUUGGUUGAUGGUGUGGAUACAUGGAAUUGCUGCACAGCAGGAGUGGUAGGGCGGCAGUCUUGGUAGAAUUAUCUAGUCUGUCAUUGACUGGAAACCAUUUCUGCCCUGCCUAUUUAUUUGCAGUAUUCUAUUUUUUCUAAAAAUGAUACUGUGAAUAAUGUCUGGCUUGGCUUUCUCAGAGCUGUGAAUCUGUUUUGGCGCCAUCUUUAACUACCAUUACUAGCCGCAGGUUAGGUCUGGUCUUUAGGACUAGUUUUCAGGUAAAUUCUGACUCUGAUCAUCAUAUUCAUACAGAGUACAAAUUCCAUUAACUUAUUUUCUUAUCCUGCAGACGUCGGUCAGCCUGCCUUUCCUGACCCAAACCCUCAUCCUGCAUUGGACAUGACCUCAGGGACUGGCUCCUCCACUGUGCCUGCUGCCGCCACUGGCUCCGCACCCCACAACGGUGAGAAUAAACCUCCACAAGCUGUGGUGAGACCCCAAAUCCUCACACACGUCAUCGAAGGCUUCGUGAUCCAAGAAGGAGCCCAACCCUUCCCGGUAUGACAAACUGUGCUUUGUACCCCAAUUUGGUGCCCAUAGGGGAAAUAACAGACCACAGGGUUAAUACUUUUUUUUGUAACUCUGGGAAUAGAACCCCCGUAAUCAGUUUGACUUAUCCUCAUAUUCCACGACUCAAUUAUUUUUAUUAGCUAAGAUGGGAAAUGUCCGGAACCGACAAGAAAAUUACAAAUGUUAAACCAGAAUAGAUGACUUGGAGAUAUUCCUCAGUUGGCCUAUAUUGGCUUAAAAUGUGAAAUUCCUUGUAAGUUCUGUGCAAUGUAUAGUUUUAGUGAAUAAUGCUUGUAGUUUGCUACAUAGAACAAUGUAAUAACUUAAUCGGUAUCAUUACAUUUCUGUUGUUUACUGAUUUGGAAAUCCUUCCUCCGUCCCUGCGUAAUGGGUGGGUUUAGUUUCCAGGGGCUACGUCCCCCUGAUUUGCCCUCUUUGUCAUUAAUGAAUAUUUCUGUAUGUUUUCCAUGAAAUUGACUUUGGUUUUGCUUUUACAGUCGCACAGGAGCCGAGCUGUCACGGAGGUGGGUCUAGGACUAUCAUUAGAUUUCAUUUUAUAAUAUUCGCCCAUGUUCUCGUGCGUAUCUCCUGCCAGCUGCACAAUGCCUUCCCUAUUGCAGACUCAAACCGCGCGAGGGCUUGUAUAGGAACAUGCGGGGCAGGGGUGGAGGCAUUGCAUGUUUGCUAGGCCGUAUCUCCCUCCCUUCUCCCGCUGUGCUGGCUUUCCUUCCUUGGCCACUUCUGCUGAGACAUUUAUGGGUCAACAAGGAAACCUAAAAUGCCGUCCUCUCCUUAUGCUAUCCCAAUGUGGAGUUCUAGGAGCCAGUGAGCCUUGUGACCUUGACAGUUGUUUCUCCCAGUGAGGGUUUCCUCUUUCAUUUCUUAGCUUUGCAGUAUGUUCUCAUCUUGGAACGAUUCCCACUGUCUUCAUAGUCUCUUCUUUCUUGGUUUUUAGCCAUUAAUAGACUUUCAUAUGAGAUGACAAGCAGGGGCCUAACUGGUCUAAUUGUUAAUUGGCUAUAAGGGUAAUAGGUUUCUGUAGCCGUGUUGUAGUUUUGGCCCUGGCUUACUGUGUUUACUUAUUAUGGGGUCUAUAGCCAUAUUGUGUUUUAUAGUAUGACACUAGCUGGCGGUGAGAUAUUAUGGGGUUCUGUAGCUAUAUAGUGUUUAUUGAAUGGCACUAGCUUGGGGUGAGAUAUCAUGGGGUUCUAUAGCUAUAUAUUGUUUAUUGAAUGGCACUAGCUGGGGGUGAGAUAUUAUGGGUUCUGUAGCUAUAUAGUGUGUAUUGAAUGGCACUAGCUGGGGGUGAGAUAUUAUGGGGUUCUAUAGCUAUAUAGUGUUUAUUGAAUGGCACUAGCUGGGGGUGAGAUAUUAUGGGUUCUGUAGCUAUAUAGUGUUUAUUGAAUGGCACUAGCUGGGGGUGAGAUAUUAUGGGUUCUAUAGCUAUAUAGUGUUUAUUGAAUGGCACUAGCUAGGGGUGAGAUAUUAUGGGUUCUGUAGCUAUAUAGUGUUUAUUGAAUGGCACUAGCUGGGGGUGAGAUAUUAUGGGUUCUGUAGCUAUAUAGUGUGUAUUGAAUGGCACUAGCUGGGGGUGAGAUAUUAUGGGGUUCUAUAGCUAUAUAGUGUUUAUUGAAUGGCACUAGCUAGGGGUGAGAUAUUAUGGGUUCUGUAGCUAUAUAGUGUUUAUUGAAUGGCACUAGCUGGGGGUGAGAUAUUAUGGGUUCUGUAGCUAUAUAGUGUGUAUUGAAUGGCACUAGCUGGGGGUGAGAUAUUAUGGGGUUCUAUAGCUAUAUAGUGUUUAUUGAAUGGCACUAGCUAGGGGUGAGAUAUUAUGGGUUCUGUAGCUAUAUAGUGUUUAUUGAAUGGCACUAGCUGGGGGUGAGAUAUUAUGGGUUCUGUAGCUAUAUAGUGUGUAUUGAAUGGCACUAGCUGGGGGUGAGAUAUUAUGGGGUUCUGUAGCUAUAUAGUGUUUAUUGAAUGGCACUAGCUGGGGGUGAGAUAUUAUGGGGUUCUGUAGCUAUAUAGUGUUUAUUGAAUGGCACUAGCUGGGGGUGAGAUAUUAUGGGGUUAUGUUGACUUAUUUAUGAGCACCCAAUUGAUGAGAAUGUAUUAAAAUUUUGUUUAUUGCUUACAUUUAACUAACUCCAUGAUGUAGAAUUAAAAGGAUUGCUAAACGUUGCGUUUUGUGUACGUGCAAAUUACAGGUUUUAUUUCAGUUAAAAUGGUAACUUUUUUUUGUUUUUCUGUGGCAAGUCACGUUUCUCAUACGUCCUAUUAUGGCAUUACUGAACCUAAAUCAUUUUACAAUUUGUAGUGUUUGUCCCAGUGUGGAAUCUGCGGUAAGGAUUCCUGUGUUAACACAUAUUUGUUUCAGCAGAAAAGCCCUAACACUGCAUGGCUGAUGGGAGAUAAUCCCCUCUUUUGGGCUGUAACUGUAGCCUCUGUCUUUCACACCUGAGGGAGAUGUAACUGAGUGCAGAUUGUGUGUUUACAUGACCAGGCCGGAGUUUGCUCUUCCAGGAAGUCGGUCCUGACUGCAGCUUCUCUCCUGAGACAGGUGGGAAGGUCCUCACUGCUGGUGGGAGCCCGGGAAACUUACAAAUCGCUUCCAUCCGAAAAAAAUCCUCAGCAGGACAACACGACUACGACCACUGACUCCGAGAUGGAAGAGUCUUUUGCACAAGGUAUUGAAAUAAAUUAUCGGAUACAGUCUUUCCUGUCCGUAAGACUCAAUAUAUGCUUUGCAUUGUGAAAAUAAGGAAAUAGCACCUGAUCUCCAAGGAUGGCCAGUCCCACCAUUUUAACAAUUUAAGAAAAGCAGCACUGUAAUAUUAUAAAGAUUGUACUUUAAAAAUAGGCUUUUUCUAUCUUUCUGUUUCAGAAACCAAAGACGAUGGCCCCACACUGCAGUGUGAGCUCUGUGGACUUGUGGACUUUGAGUACAAGUUUAAGGGUACCAAGAGGUUCUGUUCCAUGGCGUGUGCCAAGAGGUGACUAAUGGGGAUGGAUGGGAGGAGGGAAGCAUUAUGGGUAAACCUAAUGGUGUAUAUGUAACAGAACAAUCUGACUCAAUCCAAAAAGUAAGAAAACUGAACACUCUGCCUAGUGUCAUUCAUUAACCCCCUUAAGGACCUGCUGUGUCUUUAAAGAAACCAGAUUGCUAAGGGACUAUCGAUGGCCUUGCUAAAUCGGGGACUCAUUAUUGUGCUGUGUGUGAGACCCCGGAAAAAGUCUUCAGAGUAUUGUGAUUAAAUGUCUUCAGAAUGGUACAAGGCACCUCAAUCUCUACAUCCUCUUCCUUGUACAUUAUGCAUCUACUGUCUACCACAUGCUAUAUGUUCACGUUGUGCUCAUAGGAAACUUUUUUUUUAUUUUUGCCAACUUUGGAACUGUAUAUUUAUAAAGCUAUAAAUCAAGAAAUGUACAACGUGUUGGUUUCGAGGUCUCACAAUGUAGCUGAUAGUCUUGGUAUUGGAGCAUUAAAUAUAUCAUCUCACCAAUAGUCGUUAAUAAAGACUCUCCUCCUUCCAUACAUGCUCACAAUCCUCCUGAGACCUGAAAAGAUAUAUCUUUAUUAAAGACUAAGUAGAAUAUAACGAGCACUGUGCUAAUCCUAACUCAUCCAAAGUGUCUGCCAAGUGCCCUGUGUCACUGGUUUUGUAGUGUGUAGUUUGUCCAUCCAAUGCAAGAGGUGCCCCAGAUUGGAUUAUUUGCAGGAUAUUAAGAAAACUCAUAUGAAUAGAUCUACGGCUUCAUCUCCUGCUCUUAUCAGUAUCUCCGGUGUUGGUGGAAAUCUGUGAGAUGCAAAUAGUGGUGUCUCUGGUAAUUGUGUAUUUUUGUACAAUAAGCACAUAAAAGCAUUUCUCUGAAAACUGUAUAUUGUUUGGUUUUUAACCAUGAGUCACCCUUCUCAAGUCCUGCAUUUGUUACAUUGCUGAAAAGAGACCUGCAUCCAUCAAGUUCAGCCUUCCUCACAUUUGUAUUUUGCUGUUGAUCUAAAAGAAGGCAAAAAAAAUCCCAGCUUGAAGCACUUCCAAUUUUGCAACAAACUAGGAAAAAAAUUCUUUAAAAUGUGUGUUCCUACACUGUAGUUAAGGGUUCAUUGUGGUUUCAUUAAACCACCUUUAUUCCUCUCUUCCCCUCCCAGGUACAAUGUGGGCUGCACCAAACGCGUGGGGCUUUUUCACCCAGACCGUAGCAAAGUUCAGAAGGGUCCCAAGCACACGCGAAGGAAGCAAAGAAAAGGAAGCCUGCGAAAUCUGAAUACGGAGUCAAAAAAACAGGUAUUUGCGUGGGUUAAUUUGAAUAAUCUUGUCCUGUAGGGAAGAAGCAGCUAGUGAUGUAUCUGCUGGAAUUUCACUUUCUGGUUCUAUGUAGAUUGGAGGGGAUCAUUGUUUGUCCUCUGCAAGGUUUCAUCUGUAAAUUCUUUUUGGGUGGUGUUUUUAUGGGAGCCGUUGUAACUUCCCAGUUUCUCCUCUUCUCCAGUUGCCUGUUUCCAUCACGCCUCUGAACACCAUUCCUUUAUCCGUUUCUUCGGCCCUGAAAGAUGUUAACAGCCAGGAAGAUUCCAGCCGGGCAUCAGACAAUUCCAGUUAUGAAGAACCUCUGUCUCCUAUUUCUGCCAGUUCUUCACUGUCCCAGCGACAGCCUAGUGAAAGGGACCUGGAGCUACCUGGACUGCACAGCGGGGACCAUCUACCACUAAACCAGAACUUCCUUCCCAGCAACCCUACGCAGUGGAAGGUUGAAGAUGUGUAUGAGUUUAUUCGGUCUUUGCCAGGUGAGUACCUCCUGGUUUCUAUUCGAUUUCUGUUAUACACAGAGCACUUUCUGCUGAGUUUUUAGUGCAGUGAAUACAUUCUAUUUUUUAUUUUAUUUUUUCUGUUCAUUUCUUACAAUAUGACAUAACUUUUAAGCUCUCGAAUGAUUAAAUCAUGUUACAAUUUGGUCUUCUUACCCAAGAGAUAGGGAGUCGAAUUAUCCACUGAGAAGUAACUUGAGAGAAUCUUGACUUACAAGAUCAGCCUUGGGAUGGUGUGGGGGGUCAGACAAGAUUGCUCCUACUAGAAGGUCUCAGGGAUGUUUGUGAUUUAAGUCACUUAAGGGAAUUGACAGCUUGUUCAAGGUCUUGACCUGGACUCGUGUGAUUGCAUUGAGGAUGCAAAUGAUCCUAGUAAUAGUUUCACAACUUUAAUUUUAAGAUGUGGCCAGAACCUUGCCAUAACAUUCAAACUGUCUGCUCCCCACAGGCUGCCAGGAGAUCUCAGAAGAGUUCCGGGCCCAGGAAAUCGAUGGCCAAGCUCUGCUUCUUCUCAGAGAGGAACAUCUAAUGAGUGCCAUGAACAUUAAACUGGGCCCAGCCUUGAAGAUCUAUGCCCGUAUCAGUACCCUCAAAGACUCAUAA